AUCUGAGCCAAAGGCAGGCAGUCCUACUCCAGGGGGCUGGAGAUCAGUCUGUAAAACAGAGAGGGAAACACAGGGGGAGAGAGAGACUGGAGAGAGAGACACAGGGAGAGACACAGUCUGCAAACUCACACUGCUUUACAUCUGAAAACUUCACUCCCGGGACAAAGAAACUGGCUGAAACUAAUACAAUCCCAGGAUUACAGGAACUGCAACAUAGUGACACUGAGUGUGGCUACAGAGUGACACUGAGUGCUGCUACAUAGUGACACUGAGUGCGGCUACAUAGUGACACUGAGUGCGGCUACAGAGUGACACUGAGUGCUGGUACAGAGUGACACUGAGUGCGGCUACAGAGUGACACUGAGUGUGGCUACAGAGUGACAUUGAGUGCUGCCUGCUGGUGAGUGUGAGAGAGUGCUGCUGAUGAGUGUGAGUGUAACUGGCAGUUGCUCUGAAGGACUUUGCCUUCUAGUUGGGAUCAGCUGCCAGUUCCUGGGGACAAAGUCUGAGUUGUCACUUUAUCAGUUGCACCCUGUGAGUUGCCGUCAGUGUGAGUGGCACUCAGUGCGUUGCUGCCAGUGAGUUGCUGUCAGUGUGAGUGGCACCCAGUGAGUUGCUGUCAGUGUGAGUGGCACUCAGUAAGUUGCUGUCAGUGUGAGUGGCAUUCAGUAAGUUGCUGUCAGUGUGAGUUGCACUCAGUGCGUUGCUGCCAGUGAACUGCUGUCAGCGUGAGUGGCACUCAGAGGGAGCAGCCUGGAUUUAAAGAAAAUUGUCUCCAGCAUGCAGAACUACAAGUAUGACAAAGCCAUAGCCCCCCCAGAGAGCAGGAAUGGGGGGAGCACCCCGUUAAACAACAAUAAUGGCCCCGGGAAUGGGAGGAAGGUCCUGCUGGUCUGCCUGGAUGUGUUCUGUCUAGUUGUAGGUGAGUAAACUCUUUAUCAUUACUGCAUUGUAGGGGUACACCUGGCUGUCACUUUAUUAAACAUUAUUAUCUCGCUAUAAAAUGUUACUCUCUGUAUAAAGUCUUACUAUCUCUGUAUAAAGUGUUGCUCUCUCUGUAUAAAGUGUUACUCUCUCUGUAUAAACCCUUACUAUCUCUGUAUAAAGUGCCACUCUCUGUAUAAAGUGUCACUCUCUCUGUAUAAAGUCUUUCUCUCUGUAUAAAGUUUCACUCUCUGUAUAAAGUGUCACGCUCUGUAUAAAGUAUCACUAUCUCUGUAUAAACCCUUACUAUCUCUGUAUAAAGUGUCACUCUCUCUGUAUAAAGUCUUUCUCUCUGUAUAAAGUUUCACUCUCUGUAUAAAGUGUCACGCUCUGUAUAAAGUAUCACUGUCUCUGUAUAAACCCUUACUAUCUCUGUAUAAAGUGUCACUCUCUGUGUAAAGUGUCACUCUGUAUAAAGUCUUUAUCUCUGUAUAAAAUUGUACUCUCUCUGUAUAAACCCUUACUAUCUCUGUAUAAAGUGUCACUCUCUCUGUAUAAAGUCUUUCUCUCUGUAUAAAGUGUUACUCCCUGUAUAAAGUGUCACUCUCUCUCUAGAAAGUAUUUCUCUCUCUCUCUCUCUCUUUCUCUGUAUAAGACAUGAGUUUCUCAGUACAAAGCAUUACUCCUCUGAUAUUGACAUAGUCCCAUUUGUGGCUAGCGCCUUGGCUAGCUGGCUAUGCUAUAUAAUCCCUGGCUGCCCUAACUGUGUCCAGCCCUUUUUCUCAGAGAGAGCAGUGGGGGGGCUGUAGUCUGUUUUCAGGGGACUGAGCUCCUAUCUCUUUGUUAUUAUUAUUAUAAUUGUAAAUAGGUGGUGCAGCGAAUGUGUAUACAAUGCUUGUUACAAUGUGUAACAAUGGGUGUUUAAUAUAUCUCCCACAAUUCGUACUAAGAGAUUCUAUAAAGUACUGUAUGUUAUACAUGUUAUAUGCUAUAUAGUGCUAUAUUCUAGAUAUAUGACAUUCUAUAAAGUACUGUUAUAUAUGUUAUGUUAUAUAGUGCUUUAUGCUAUAGAUAUUCUGUUAUAUAGUGCUAUAGAUGUUUUAUACUAUUUGUUAUAUAGUAUAAUAUGUUAUAUAGUAGUACAUGCUAUAGUAUAUAUAUGUUCUAUAUAAUAUGCUAUAUAGUUGUUAUAUACAUUAUGUAUUAUAUUAUAGAAACACAGAAUGUGAUGGCAGAUAAGAACCAUUCGGUCCAUCUAGUCUGCUCAAUUUUCUAAAUACUUUCAUUAGUCCCUAGUCUUAUCUUAUAGUUAGGAUAGCCUUAUGCCUAUCCCACGCAUGCUUAAACUCCUUUACUGUGUUAACCUCUACCACUUCAGCUGGAAGGCUAUUCCAUGCAUCCACUACCCUCUCAGUAAAGUAAUACUUCCUGAUAUUAUUUUUAAACAUUUGACCCUCUAAUUUAAGACUAUGUCCUCUUGUUGUGGUAGUUUUUCUUCUUUUAAAUAUAGUCUCCUCCUUUACUGUGUUGAUUCCCUUUAUGUAUUUAAAUGUUUCUAUCAUAUCCCCCCGGUCUCGUCUUUCCUCCAAGCUAUAUAUCUUAAGUUCCUUAUAAAGUAUAACAUGCUAAAUAGUAGUGUAUGCUCUAGAUCUGAUAUAUAUUUAUUUUGCUAUUUAUAAAGCGCCAACAGAUUCCGCAGCGCUGUACAAUUAGUGGAGAAAUGUACAAUAUACACAGACAAAUACAAGAGGUAGAGAGAGCCCUGCCCGUAAGCUGAUAUCUAGCCAUUGGAGCUAUAUAACAUGCUAUAUAGUAGAGUAUGCGAUAGAUUUGAUAUGUUCUAUAUAACAUGCUAUAUUGUAGUGAUCCCAUUGAUUAGGAUUUAGGGUAAACAGGGAUUGCCAGUGAUGAGAGAUGAUGGUUGUGGCUAGUUAGAGUCCAAGUGCAGCUUUGCCCCAGGUAAACCUAAGGAUCUUACUCCCAAUAAUUACCCCUCUGGGAAAUAUACUCACCUCUGGGGUAAAUUAAUUGGGAUUAACAAAAUCAUGUCUUAAUAUAAAACUGCACGUCUGUCUGCUGAAACAUACAGUGACUCACUCCAUUACAAGGAGCUCCACAACUUUACCAGGGAGGAGCUCUGAUGGUAGUCCCAAUGGAAGGAGCUCUGUAGCUAUGGUGGGAGUCCCAAUGGAAGGAUCUCUGAAGCUCUGACGGUAGUCCCAAUGGAAGGAGCUCUGCAGCUAUGGUGGGAGUCCCAAUGGAAGGAGCUCUGAAGCUCUGACGGUAGUGUCAAUGGAAGGAGCUCUGCAACAAAGGUGGGAGUCCCAGUGGAAGGAGCUCUGCAGCUACGGUGGGAGUCCCAAUGGAAGGAGCUCUGAAGCUCUGAUGGUAGUCCCAAUGGAAGGAGCUCUGCAGCUAUGGUGGGAGUUCCAAUGAAAGGAGCUCUGAAGCUCUGACGGUAGUGUCAUGGGAAGGAGCUCUGCAGCUACGGUGGGAGUCCCAGUGGAAGGAGCUCUGCAGCUAUGGUGGGAGUCCCAAUGGAAGGAGCUCUGCAGCUAUGGUGGGAGUCACAGUUGAAGGAGCUCUGCAGCUCUGGCAGGAGUCCCAAUGGAAGGAGCUCUGCAGCUCUGAUGGUAGUCCCAAUGGAAGGAGCUGUGCAGCUAUGGUGGGAGGAGUCCCCUGUGGAAGGAGCUCUGCAGCUAUGGUGGGAGUCCCAGUGCAGCUCUGGCGGGAGUCCCAGUGGAAGGAGCCCUGCAGCUCUGGCGGGAGUCCCAGUGGAAGGAGCCCUGCAGCUCUGGCUGGAGUCCCAGUGGAAGGAGCCCUGCAGCUCUGGCGGGAGUCCCAGUGGAAGGAGCCCUGCAGCUCUGACGGAAGUCCCAGUGGAAGGAGCUCUGUAGCUCUGGCGGGAGUCCCAGUGGAAGGAGCUCUGUAGCUCUGGCGGGAGUCCGAGUGGAAGGAGCUCUGUAGCUCUGGCGGGAGUCCCAGUGGAAGGAGCUCUGUAGCUCUGACUGGAGUCCCAGUGGAAGGAGCUCUGUAGCUCUGGCGGGAGUCCGAGUGGAAGGAGCUCUGUAGCUCUGGCGGGAGUCCCAGUGGAAGGAGCUCUGUAGCUCUGACUGGAGUCCCAGUGGAAGGAGCUCUGUAGCUCUGGCAGGAGUCCCAGGAAAAGGAGCUCUGCCCUCUCAGACCAUUUGUUCUACAAACAAUCUGAGAUUGAAAAAAAUCCAUUUGUAAAAUAUGUAUUCUCUGGUUAAAACCUGUAUAGUGUUUGGGUACAGGGAUAUUAGAAUUGUCCUUUAACUUGUUGUUCUAUCAGGUUCCAAAGGUCACAUUGUAUCAUAUUACAGAGAGCUUUUGUAUAUUGCUAUCACUAUUGUUUGUACAUAGAAUUAAUGGCCAUGUUCCUGUAUAAUGGACACUGUGCAGUGUGUGUAAUUAUGGGUGCAAUACACGUUAUUGCCACUCCAUUGUAUGGUGGCACUGUUGUACAUUGUUUCUGUAAAGGUGGUAUUUGGACAGUGGACUCUGAAUGGACAUUGGACAAGUAAAUUGCCCCAGGAAUCGCCCAGAAAUAAUGUCUGCAGCUUCAAUGCCCUAUAGACCAGAGCUAUCCUGGCAACAAAAUUAUCCAUCUCAUUCUCUAAAUGGAAGAUAGCUAUGAGACAACAAUUAUUGUCCUCAUUCAUUUUCCAUAAUCCAGAAGGGGGCUACCUGACGCUGGUGGCUAAUUUUGCUGGGAAGAACUAUCCGCUUGGGUUCUAAGGCAGAGAGCAGAAAUGUUGGGAUUAGUAACAUCUGCUCUCUGUUUUGUGAUGUAAUGGAGAUCAAGGAAGUUUGCCAAUAUUUGGGAUUUCUAAACAUAGCAAGUGUCCCCUUGGUAUAUGCAUUUAUUGGCUCAGAUCCAUCAAGUGAGAAGAUUCAACUUCUGCUUCUUUUGGGGUUCAAAGGAAUAUAAAAACAUCCCCUGCCGAGAAGUGUGGGCAGAUAAACAUUUCCAUGCAAUAAAUAUAUUGAAUCAACUUGAGAUGUGACCAAAAAACAUUGUAUCAGUGUGCAAACAAUAUAAAGACAUUGUAUCAAUGUGACCAGCAUGAAGACAUGGUAUUGGUGUGUGACCCAAAUAAAAACAUUGUAUUAAUGUGUGACCAGUAUGAAGGCAUUGCAUAGAUGUGCGACCAAUAGAAGACAUUGUAUCGGUGUGGACCAGUAUGAAUACAUUGUAUCUGUGUGGACCAGUAUGAAUACAUUGUAUCUGUGUGAACCAGGAUGAAUACAUUGUAUCUGUGUGGACGAAUAUGAAGACAUUGUAUUGAUAUGUGACCAGUAUGAAGACAUUGUAUCGAUGUGUGACCAGUAUGAAUACAUUGUAUUGAUGUGUGGCAUGUGUGAACAGUAUGAAUACAUUGUAUCAAUGCGUGGCAUGCGUGAACAGUAUGAAGACGUUGUAUCGAUGUUGACCAGUAUAAAGACACACCGUUACUAUGUAUUGAAUAGUAUACCCGCCUAUUGUUGCUGGAUGUGUUACCAGGGUACUAGAUGUAGGCUCGUACUCGCAAGUCAUGAGUUGCACAGACUUACUGGUGUUGCCAGUUACUUUGUGCUACAAUUCCAAGUACUCUCAGCCAACCAAAAACUUAUUUUAUGGUCCUUAGCUGUUCAUAGUGCAGAGAGGACCGAGCCCAUUGGAUAACAACAUAGUUUCACAGGUGAGCUGUGUGGCGAACAGAACCUCGCCACGGGCUUUCGGAGGUUCCUGCUUGACAGCCUCCUGCCAAAAGACUAUGGGCCAGGUCAGCGACUGUAAAGACCAUAUUUUAUUUCCCUUGGUUCAGCAAUUUCCAUAGAACUGAAUGCUAGCUCACGGGCGGCCGUUCGCAUUGACCAAAACCGCAAAUAGACUUUAGGGGGACUUAGCUGCGAAUGCCCUGGAACUUUUUUCGGCAUGAAAACUUUGCGGUUCCCGGUCGGACCCCCAGUGGCACUUAGCCGCGAUUCUGUGGAACUGUUUUUGGCAGGAAGACUUUGAGGUUCUCGGUUGGUCCGCGAUUCUAUGGAACUGUUUUGGGCAUGGGACCAUGCGUGCGGUCGGCCAAAACUACGGCUUCCAGGAAAUUCCAGAACCGAUCUGGGGCUAUCAGGAUGUGACUUUUGUGUGGGUUUUGUAUGUUUUAAUUGUACUUUUGGGGUUUUAUAAAAAUGAUAUUUUAUUUUUUUGUGUGUGUCUGGAGAUAGAGUUAGUACAGUUCCUGACUCAAUUAUCUCCCAGGCAGAGGGGAGGGAUUGUAUGAUUAUGUAUAGGAGUGUCCUGUACUUGAACAAACUUUGUCAUUGGUCUGUAACUUUGUACUGUAGUCUUCCAUCAGGUCCAGGUGGGAGUACUCCUUGCUUGGGGAUUGUCAUAAAAGGCCAAGUGUGGUCCCAUUAAAGUCAGUUCACUGCCCCCUUAACACGCAGCCUCAUCUCGUGAUUGUAGGAAACAGCUAUACCUGCUUCGGAUUACUAUACUGACUAUAAUCACUAGCUCUUGUAAGAGCUACACCGCUAUACCUGCUAUAGGAGGAGAGGUCCACCCACUGGAAGCUGGAUCCUGGGCUUGGAUCUAGGGUGGGUGGAGGACAGCGAAACCCCAGCCAAACUAUGGCAAACUAAGGGGCUACGGUGCUUAUGGUGUCCAGUGCGGUGCUUAUAGUAGUACAGGCUACUAUGAAGCAGUGAUUGGCGGUCCGUCACAAGUUGUUUAUAUAAUCUCUGGCCUGAGCUCUGUAUCGGUUGUUUAUUGUCAUUUUAAACUAGUUCAUUGCUAAAUCCUGGGUAAGUGAAUUUUAUUGAAUGUGGUUAUUACUUUUAGUUGUGAGAUAUGUUGCAUUAUAUCAGGAAGAAUGUUCUAACUGAACAUUAUUUAUUUAUUUAUACGGACCUUGGGAUCUGUUCCCUCUCAGAUCAUGUUCUGGCUGUUCUGUGUAAACUGAAUUUUGUAAACUCACAGUUUUACUGGGCACAAAGCACAGAGAGGGCAGAAUUACACACGCAUUGAUUCACUCAUCUUAGUGCCCUGCCAGGAGCCACCAGAAAGAGAGCUGAGUCAAAUCCAGGCAUAGAUCAAGACCCUGCACAGAACGAGAGCUGGGUCAAGACCCUGCACAGAACGAGAGCUGGGUCAAGACCCUGCACAGAAUGGGAGCUGAGUCAAGACCCUGCACAGACAGAUUGCUGAAUCAAGACCCUGAACAGUAAGAGAGAGCUGAAUCAAGACCUGGCACAGACAGAUUGCUGAAUCAAUACCAGGCACAGAAAGAGAGCUGAGUCAAGACCAGGCACAGAAAGAGAGCUGAGUCAAGACGAGGCAUAGAAAGGGAGCUGAGUCAAGAUCAGACAUAGAAAAAGAGCUUGUGACGGACCACCUGCCACCCUGACUGGGUGCCUCCGUCAAACGAUGCUUCUAGUGCUCGCCAAGGACCAUCAGCACCGCACUUGACACCAUAACCACUGCAACCCCAACAAACCGCCGCAGCUUGGUUUGGGUUUUGCUGUCCUCCACCCACCCUGGACCAGCUUACAGUGGGUGGACCUAUCCUUAGUCCAGAGAGGAACAGGAGCAGCUCUUACAAGAGCUAGUGAUUAUACUCUGGGGAGUAUAGUGAUUAUAGCAAUCCCCAGAGUGAUCCAAGACUUCAUGAAGGGUAGAACAGGUCUCUUUAAUGCAAGCCAGCACUCACAAUUUAUACAAUUCCUCAGGCCAGAGGCACACCCCCUUGACUUGAUGGAAGGCACACAAAGGACACAAACCAAUCAGAACAAUACAAUAAUGUCCGACACUCCCACAUACAGCACACAGGCCCUCCCCUCUGCCUAUGAUACAAUUAAAGAAGACAGCCACUAGAGGCUGGAUUAACCCCAAAUGUAAACAUAGCAGUUUCUCUGAAACUGUUAUGUUUACAUGUGAAGGGUUAAAACCUGAGGGACCUGGCACCCAGACCACUUAAUUGAGCUGAAGUGGUCUGGGUGACUAUAGUGUCCCUUUAACUAAGACAGUGGACUAUCUCAAUUAACUCUAAGCAGAAAAAACAUACAUUUUUACAAACCCCAAAAAGUACCCAAAAAUACAACAUAUCCCCACACAUCCCCUGAUAGCCUCGAUCUGGGUGAACACCAUAUCCAAAAAUCACCCAGAUCGGUUCAGGAAUUUCCUGGAAGUCUUAUUUUUGCCCCACCGUGCACAUGUUUGAAUCUGUUCCAGUUAAAAGUCCAUGGGGCAGAAACAGUGCCUUUAAAGGACCACUCUAGGCACCCAGACCACUUCAGCUUAAUGAAGUGGUCUGGGUGCCAGGUCCUUCUAGGGUUAACCCAUUUUUUUUAUAAACAUAGCAGUUUCAGAGAAACUGCUAUGUUUAUGAAUGGGUUAAGCCUUCCCCCUAAUCCUCUAGUGGCUGUCUCAUUGACAGCCACUAGAGGCGCUUGCGUGCUUCUCACUGUGAUUUUCAGUGAGAGCACGCAAGCGUCCAUAGGAAAGCAUUGUAAAUGCUUUCCUAUGCGACGGGCUGAAUGCGCGCGCAGCUCUUGCCGCGCGUGCGCAUUCAGCCCAGGAGGAGGAACGAGGAGGAGAGAAGGAGGAGAGCUCUCCGCCCAGCGCUGGAAAAAGGUAAGUUUUUACCCCUUUCCCCCUUCCAGAGCCGGGCGGGAGGGGGACCCUGAGGGUGGGCACUAUAGUGCCUCAGGGCACUAUGGUGCCAGGAAAACGAGUAUGUUUUCCUGGCACUAUAGUGGUCCUUUAAAAUCCAAUAUGCCCAAAUAGUGUUUUUAAAGGGCAAUAUAUUCAAGGGGCCAUAGUCACAGGGCAAGAGGCUGGAAAGCAGGCCUCUCCAAAUCCCAGUGAAGAAGGUGCUUUCAUCACAGAGCUGAGUCAAGAUCAGACAUAGAAGGGGAGCUGAGUCGAUUGGGCAGAGAGAGAAUUCAAGCAUCAAUGAUGCACAGAGCUAUUAAUUUAAUUGGGAAAUGUAAUUGACCAGGGAACUGAAGCACUAUACGGCGAGUCUGAAUUUACUGUGGAGUGCUGACAUACACAUAUAAACCAUACAAUAUUAGGGGUUUUAUGGCUGUGGAGCUCUGUGAUACACACUGUACAUCACUUUGAGUUUUAUUGAUGUGGAGCUUUUUGACACACUCAUACACACAAAACAUUACUGUAAGUUUUAAUGCCGUGGGUCUCUGUGACACACACAUACACCUCUCAUAAGUGUGGGUUUUAUUUCUGUGGAGCUCUGUGAUACACUCAUACACACUGCACAUUACUGGGAGUUGUGUUGUUGUGGAGCUCUGUGAUACACUCACACACACUGUACAUCACUAAGAGUCUUAUUGCUGUGGAGCUCUGUGAUACACUGCACAUUACUGUGAGUUUUAUUGCUGUGGAGCUCUGUGAUACACUGUUACACGCUGCACAUUACUGUGAGUUGUAUUGUUGUGGAGCUCUGUGAUACACUCACACUGUACAUUACUAAGAAUCUUAUUGCUGUGGAGCUCUGUGAUACACUGCACAUUACUGUGAGUUUUAUUGCUGUGGAGCUCUGUGAUACACUGUUAUACACUGUACAUUACUGUGAGUUUUAUUGCUGUGGAGCUCUGUGAUACACUGUACAUUACUGUAAGUUGUAUUGCUGUGGAGCUCUGUGAUACACUGUUAUACACUGUACAUUACUGUGAGUUUUAUUGCUGUGGAGCUCUGUGAUACACUGUACAUUACUGUAAGUUGUAUUGCUGUGGAGCUCUGUGAUACACUGUACAUUACUGUGAGUUGGAUUGCUGUGGAGCUCUGUGGUACACUCACACACACUGCACAUUACUGUGAGUUUUAUUGCUGUGGAGCUCUGUGAUACACUGUACAUUACUGUAAGUUGUAUUGCUGUGGAGCUCUGUGAUACACUGUACAUUACUGUGAGUUUUAUUGCUGUGGAGCUCUGUGAUACACUGUACAUUACUGUAAGUUGUAUUGCUGUGGAGCUCUGUGAUACACUGCACAUUACUGUGAGUUUUAUUGCUGUGGAGCUCUGUGAUACACUGUUACACGCUGCACAUUACUGUGAGUUGUAUUGUUGUGGAGCUCUGUGAUACACUCACACUGUACAUUACUAAGAAUCUUAUUGCUGUGGAGCUCUGUGAUACACUGUACAUUACUGUGAGUUUUAUUGCUGUGGAGCUCUGUGAUACACUGUACAUUACUGUAAGUUGUAUUGCUGUGGAGCUCUGUGAUACACUGUACAUUACUGUGAGUUGGAUUGCUGUGGAGCUCUGUGGUACACUAUACAUUACUGUGAGUUGGAUUGCUGUGGAGCUCUGUGAUACACUGUACAUUACUGUGAGUUGGAUUGCUGUGGAGCUCUGUGGUACACUCACACACUGCACAUUGCUGUGCAUUACAUCACGGGAGGUUUGGAGAGCAGUCCGUAGGAUUCCCGGUGACAUUGCUGCUGUGGUAGUGUGUUAUGAUUUGUAGCUAGCAGUAGUUGUGUUGAUUCAGUUCAUGCGUUAUCUUGAAAUAAAUCAUUAACAGGACACAAUGUGACUCUCGCCUCCCAUGUGACUGACCACGCAGCAGUAAUUCCUAGCCGGCCACCUCUGCCUGUCACCCAGGUUCAGUUUACUCUCCCAGAUCCUAGAGCUUCAUUAUGGCUGAAUUCCUCACCCUGGGACAGAAGGUGUGUGUUAAUUUUAGCUCUCACCAUUGAACCCCAUAACGCGGCGCGGCCCCUCUUACCGUUGCAGCAGGGUGUAGGGAAAUGACUAUAAACACUGACGGCAUAUUUCACAUCUUUAUUUACGACCACAUGCGUUAUUAACUAAAACCUGUCUUAGAUGGAGAUUUGUUUUCACUUUUAUUAAUCUGGCCAUAACGCGGUUCAUUAUCAAAUUAAUUCAGGUUCAGAGAGCAGACCAGGAUUUAUUACCAAAGCUGAGAAUUUCAGAGAUUUAAAGAUUUCAGUUUUAACAUCUAAUGAAGUUAAUGUAUUGAAGGGAAAUGGGGAAGAUUGAUUACCAUUUAUUUGUUUUAUAAAACUGCCAAUUAACAGAAACUCUGAGCCAAUCAGAUGGUCUCUAUGAGAAUUACUCUGCUAUUUCGGAGGAGGUGCUCUUUAGUGACUGUCAGAGUGAGAGCCACUGCAGGCAUUUAAUCUCUACAGUGUAAACAUUAUAUUGCAGGGUUAAAACGAUAAGGACAUUGAGGUGAAGUGGUCUGGGUGCCCUUUAAAUCUGUCCAUGGCACAGCAUGGCUGGUCUGUAUCUUGUUGACAUUACCCUGGAUGUCUCAGCUGCAUGUGGCCAAUAGCCAUACACCUUCCACAGGCCAAACUUUAUGUUUGUGAUGGUGGGUAGAGAGCAGAGAGAUAUAAUGUUUGUUUUGUGCCUUGCACGCCAUCACCCCCUGGCUGAGUGUGAUAGGAUUUAAAUACAGUCUGUUAUGCCUGAGCUAUGACAUCUAUCAAAUAUCCUGCAUUUAAAAGAUUGCUGAAAAAAUACAAUAUAUUAUUCUGCUUACGAUGGCAAGUCUGCUCUCAAACAAAACAUUUUUCUUAGAUUUUUACCAUGAAAUUUAGGGAGGUAAGAAAAUGCCAAGUAUUUCACCAAUGUGUGCGAGCAUAUUGGACUAAUUUAGCCCACCCUGUUUAUAAUAUUUACAAAAAAUAUUUCUGUUUCCUGGUUUAGUGCAGUGAGUGAAAGAUAUUUUAUUUCAGUAAUGAGAGGAAAUUCUAACCCUUUCCAGGAAACUCAGGGAAUUGCUAAUCGCAAAUCAUUUAAGGCUCAACCAUGGGUGCCUAAUGGAGCCCUCCUACCCUGCAUGGGUCAGGCCACGAGGGGCCCUCUCACUGUGCCAGGACGGGCCCCAAUUCAUUGUGUGAGCUUUUAUUACAUAGCACGAACGCAAUGUCAUCGUUGUAAUGCUAUACGUGAUAGUGUUCAAGCAGAGUUUAUACCAGACUUGUCCCAUAAUCCUUUACAUUUUGAGGAACUGAAAUAGAAAGCCGAGAUUUCAGGAAUCCUUUGUGAUAUUGCAGAUACGUUCUGUCAGUUAAUUUCUCUUUCUUCCUCCAAUUUGCUUUUCCCUGUGAGAACGCUCGUUAUUCCAGCACUGGCACAGCUUUUAAAGUCGUUAUAAAAACAUGAGCAAAAGAAAACGAUCCACGUGAAGGAUGUGAAGUGUGAGUAGACUUUAUAAACAGAGUCCUGGCAGCGAGAGGGGUCAGGGAUUGAGGUUUGUUAUAUAUUAACUGAAUUACAUUCUUUAAACAUGUGCAAGAAGCUGCUGGAUGGGUGAAUGUACAGUAACUGCCAGUAAUAAGGACAAUGACUGGAUCUAAUCAAUGCACCCAUUAACCUUCGUAGCUACGCUGCCCACAUUUAGGUCUGGGUCGGCCUCCACUGAGCCCUGAGUGUUUCAAGAAACUGGGCAGGAAUUACAACAUUUCUUUUUCUUGGUGAAAUGAUUUUGGUGCCGGUGUUCUCAGAGAAUGUGGCCUCAACGGGCUUCUGACAUAAAUAAAGUCAUCAUCCAGUGUCCGCAUGCAGGGGGUUUUGACUCUGGAUUCUAUAUGUGUCCAUGUUUCUCUGAUCGAAGGAUCGGAUUCAGGGAUUCUCAUUGGCAAGCACUGUACUGACCAAGUGCAGCGAUUGCUGCGCACGCAUCUGUGGGAAGCAUCUGAUUGGACGAUUGUCAUUAGGAUUUACAGGAGCAGUCUCGAAUAAAGGGAAGUUUUACACAAAAAACAAGGGAGGGCGUAAUCUAAACUAAAGAAGGAAAUAUAUAUAAUUUAAAAAAGAAAUAUAUUGACGUUUUAAAUUUUUUUUAAUGACGGUGUUCCUUUUUUGACCAGGAUGUAAAUAAAAAUGGCAUUCUUCAGUUGUACAGUUAGCCCGGUGACAAAUUGUAGCAAAUGAUUAUAAAACCCUUCAUUAGACAUUUUCUAGAGUCAGGGUAAUUUCCCAGUUUAAUGGUAUUUGUACCUUUCCCAGGGUAAUUUUCCACUUUGCAGUAUUUGGCCUUUUCCCAGUGUCGGGGUAUUUGGAUUUUCCUCAAUGUCGGAGUAUUUGGCCUUUUCCCAGUGUCGGGGGAUUUGGCCUUUUCCCAGUGUCGGGGUAUUUGGAUUUUCCUCAAUGUCGGAGUAUUUGGCCUUUUCCCAGUGUCGGGGGAUUUGGCCUUUUCCCAGUGUCGGGGGAUUUGGCCUUUUCCCAUUUGGCCUUUUCCCAGUCGGGGGAUUUGGCCUUUUCCCAGUGUCGGGGUAUUUGUCCUUUUCCCAGUGUCGGAGUAUUUGUCCUUUUCCCAGUGUCGGGGGAUUUGGCCUUUUCCCAGUGUCGGGGGAUUUGGCCUUUUCCCAGUGUCGGGGGAUUUGGCCUUUUCCCAGUGUCAGGGUAUUUGGAUUUUCCUCAAUGUCAGAGUAUUUGGCCUUUUCCCAGUAUCGGGGUAUUUGGGAUUGUCUCAAUGUCAGAGUAUUUGGCCUUUUCCCAGUGUCGGAGUAUUUGUCCUUUUCCCAGUGUCGGAGUAUUUGUCCUUUUCCCAGUGUCGGGGGAUUUGGCCUUUUCCCAGUGUCGGGGGAUUUGGCCUUUUCCCAGUGUCAGGGUAUUUGGAUUUUCCUCAAUGUCGGAGUAUUUGGAUUUUUCCCAGUGUCGGGGGAUUUGGAUUUUCCUCAAUGUCGGAGUAUUUGGCCUUUUCCCAGUGUCAGGGUAUUUUGCCUUUUCCCACUGUUGGGAUAAUUCCCAGUGUUCUAGGCGCGGUGGGAGGGAGAACAUUAGUGUAACCAUGUAUUGGUGGCAGUUACUGGGGAGCUGCUGGAAAUUAUUUAUUUUUUCUAAUUACUGUUAGAAGCAGAGUUUAACCCCUGAAACUGCGAGCCACUAAAAUGGCCUGGGACCUUAGAUUUACGUCCUGAUCCAGGAGUCCAAAAGCAAUGGCCUAUUGGAUGUCUGUUCAUCACAAAAUCCUUUACAAUGUUGCAGAUAUAAAGAGCACUGUGUUUCUUAUCGGGAGUUCAGAAGUUUUUAUUUGUUUAUUUUUAAGGAAAAUAAGUAUUCUUCCAGUUUCCGUUUUAGUGAAUCUGCAAUGAGUUAAUGUUGCAGAUUUUAACGUCCAGCUUUUCAUGAAAUGAAAAGCAAAAUAUUGCGUCACCUUUCUGUGCUUCUCUCCACAUUGAACACUGCUCGUUUCCUGCGUCCAGCCGGUAAAUGACAGAAUUAUUAUCCAGUGGGCUUCGCUGGCAGAGAUCCAGGCAGCGGAUGUACCACGCAAAGUAUCUGAGGGGUUUUGUUAUAACAGCUGGCAGGAAAACACUCGCAAAAGAUUAAAAAAAAUCUCCUUUCUGUCAUUUAUUCUCAUUUAUUAUAAUGCUGAGCCUGGCCAGAGCAGGUGUUGUAGAUUUCUCACAAAGCGCAGCCAGCCUAAUGCUGAGAAUCAUGAGAGUAUAGUCCAUGAAAAGUCAGCCACCACUGUGAUAGGGGUGGGUGGUCAGUAAAUUUUAUUUCUGCACCUUGCACUACCCAGCACCAAUCCGGUUAAUUAAUGAGGAAUCCACAAUAAGCCAGCCGUAGGCUCUCUGGGUGAGCUGAAUUGAAAUGUUUGUCCUAGGGGGUUAUUAAGGGUUAGAGUUUAGAUCACAGCAACUCAAUGGGGUGGUUGUCAGGGUGGCGGUCCAGUGCCCGGGACCCAGACACUGUCCGGGAGGCGGUGCGAGGACCGGGAGCCAGUAUGCCUGAUGUUCAGAGUAGGAGUCACAGUGUGGAGGUGGAUUAGCAGGGUCUGGAGCAGGGUAACCGCAUGCCCCCUGGUGUUAAGCACCAGCAUUUGUGCCGCCACAUACCAAGACCCUGAAUCAGCUUAUGCGGAUCCCAGGAAGAAGCCAUAGCCAGAAUGAUCCGCAGCUAGGGACAGGAUGUGACAGUGGUAUAACCCUGUUGUGGAUGGGUUUAACCCUGGGGUGGAUACCUAUAUGCUGGAUAUAAGGUGAUACCUACCUUGCAUUGGAUAUAAGUUGAAACAGACCUUGUGUUGAGUAAAGUGAUACAGACCUUACGUUGGGUAUAGGGUGACAUGGACCUUGCGUUGGGUAUAAGGUAAAAUGGACAUUGUGUUAGAUAUACCGUUUCAGGCCAUGCGUUGGGUAUAAGGUGAUACGGACCUUGUGUUGGGUAUAAGGUGACAUGGACAUUGCAUUGGGUAUACGCUGGUACAGACCCUGCAUUGGGCAAGGUGAUACAGACCUUGCAUUGGAUAUAAGGUAAUACAGAACCUGCAUUGGAUGUAAGGUGACCCGGACCCCUGCGUUGGGUAUACGGUGGUACGGACCCUGUGUCGAGUAUACUGUGGUAUGGACCCUGCGUUGGGUAUACAGUGGCAUGGGUCGUGCGUUGGAUAUACAGUGGUAUUGACAAUGCUUUAGGGAUAAGGUGACCCGGAGAUUGCAUUUGUUAUAUGGUGGUACAGUGCCUGCAUUGGGUAAGGUGAAACGGACCCUGCCUUGGGUAUGGUGAUACAGAACCUGCGUUGUGUAUGGUGAUAUGCACUCUGCGUUGGUUAUGGUGAUACGAACCCUGCGUUGGGUUUAAGGUGAUACGGACCCUGCGUUGGGUAUAAGGUGAUACGGACCCUGCUUUGGGUAUAAGGUGAUGCGGACCCUGCGUUGGGUAUAAGGUGAUACGGAACCUGCGUUGGGUAUGGUGAUACAGAAUCUGUGUUGGAUAUAAGGUGAUACGGACCCUGCAUUGGCUAUAAGGUGAUACGGACCCUGCGUUGGGUAUUAAGUGAUACGGAACCUGCGUUGGGUAUAAGGUGAUACGGACCUUGUGUUGGGUAUAAGGUGAUACGGACCUUGUGUUGGAUAUAAGGUGAUACGCACCCUGCGUUGUGUAUGGUGAUACGGAACCUGCGUUGUGUAUGGUGAUACGGAACCUGUGUUGUGUAUGGUGAUACGGAACCUGUGUUGUGUAUGGUGAUAUGCACUCUGUGUUGGGUAUGGUGAUACCCACCCUGCGUUGGGUAUGGUGGUACCCACCCUGCGUUGGGUAUAAGGUGGUACCCACCCUGCGUUGGGUAUAAGGUGAUACGCCCCUGCGUUGGGUUUAAGGUGAUACGGACCCUGCAUUGGGUAUAAGGUGAUACGCCCCUGCGUUGGGUAUAAGGUGAUACGGACCCUGUGUUGGGUAUAAGCUGAUACGGACCUUGUGUUGGGUAUAAGGUGAUUCGCAUCCUGCGUUGGGUAUAAGGUGAUACGCCCCUGCGUUGGGUAUAAGGUGAUACGGACCCUGUGUUGGGUAUAAGCUGAUUCGCAUCCUGCAUUGGGUAUAAGGUGAUACGGACCUGCGUUGGGUAUAAGGUGAUACGGACCCUGUGUUGGGUAUAAGGUGAUACGCCCCUGCGUUGGGUAUAAGGUGAUACGCCCCUGUGUUGGGUAUAAGGUGAUACGCCCCUGCGUUGGGUAUAAGGUGAUACGCCCCUGCGUUGGGUAUAAGGUGAUACGGACCCUGUGUUGGGUAUAAGGUGAUUCGCAUCCUGCAUUGGGUAUAAGGUGAUACGCCCCUGCGUUGGGUAUAAGGUGAUACAGACCCUGUGUUGGGUAUAAGGUGAUACGGACCCUGUGUUGGGUAUAAGGUGAUACGCCCCUGCGUUGGGUAUAAGGUGAUACGGACCCUGUGUUGGGUAUAAGGUGAUACGGACCCUGUGUUGGGUAUAAGGUGAUACGGACCCUGUGUUGGGUAUAAGGUGAUACGGACCCUGUGUUGGGUAUAAGGUGAUACGGACCCUGUGUUGGGUAUAAGGUGAUUCGCAUCCUGCAUUGGGUAUAAGGUGAUACGCCCCUGCGUUGGGUAUAAGGUGAUACAGACCCUGUGUUGGGUAUAAGGUGAUACGGACCCUGUGUUGGGUAUAAGGUGAUACGCCCCUGCGUUGGGUAUAAGGUGAUACGGACCCUGUGUUGGGUAUAAGGUGAUACGGACCCUGUGUUGGGUAUAAGGUGAUACGGACCCUGUGUUGGGUAUAAGGUGAUACGGACCCUGUGUUGGGUAUAAGGUGAUUCGCAUCCUGCAUUGGGUAUAAGGUGAUACAGACCCUGCGUUGGGUAUAAGGUGAUACGCCCCUGCGUUGGGUAUAAGGUGAUACAGACCCUGUGUUGGGUAUAAGGUGAUACGGACCCUGUGUUGGGUAUAAGGUGAUACGCCCCUGCGUUGGGUAUAAGGUGAUACGGACCCUGUGUUGGGUAUAAGGUGAUACGGACCCUGUGUUGGGUAUAAGGUGAUACGGACCCUGUGUUGGGUAUAAGGUGAUACGGACCCUGCGUUGGGUAUAAGGUGAUACGCCCCUGCGUUGGGUAUAAGGUGAUACGGACCCUGUGUUGGGUAUAAGGUGAUACGGACCCUGCGUUGGGUAUAAGGUGAUACGCCCCUGCGUUGGGUAUAAGGUGAUACGGACCCUGUGUUGGGUAUAAGCUGAUACGGACCCUGUGUUGGGUAUAAGGUGAUACGGACCCUGUGUUGGGUAUAAGGUGAUACGGACCCUGUGUUGGGUAUAAGGUGAUUCGCAUCCUGCAUUGGGUAUAAGGUGAUACGCCCCUGCGUUGGGUAUAAGGUGAUACAGACCCUGUGUUGGGUAUAAGGUGAUACGGACCCUGUGUUGGGUAUAAGGUGAUACGGACCCUGUGUUGGGUAUAAGGUGAUACGCCCCUGCGUUGGGUAUAAGGUGAUACGGACCCUGUGUUGGGUAUAAGGUGAUACGGACCCUGUGUUGGGUAUAAGGUGAUACGGACCCUGUGUUGGGUAUAAGGUGAUACGGACCCUGUGUUGGGUAUAAGGUGAUACGGACCCUGUGUUGGGUAUAAGGUGAUUCGCAUCCUGCAUUGGGUAUAAGGUGAUACGCCCCUGCGUUGGGUAUAAGGUGAUACGCCCCUGCGUUGGGUAUAAGGUGAUACGCCCCUGCGUUGGGUAUAAGGUGAUACAGACCCUGUGUUGGGUAUAAGGUGAUACGGACCCUGCGUUGGGUAUAAGGUGAUACGGACCUUGCGUUGGGUAUAAGGUGAUACGCCCCUGCGUUGGGUAUAAGGUGAUACAGACCCUGUGUUGGGUAUAAGGUGAUUCGCACCCUAAAUGUUUGCAACUGAUGUGAUUUUUUAACCUUCUAGAUGAAAAUAUGUAGUUGUUGGCAUGGUUGGGCUUAAAAAGUGCCCUUCACCGACAUCAUCCAUUGCCAGCUAAACAGUUUGUACCCAGGACUGGGCUAGUCAUUAACAACAUCAAAUGCACAUCCUAAAAUCUCCCUAUUCAUUGGAUGCUGUACCGGGGCUCGCUCUGUGUUCACUCUCCAGAGAUCUCCCAGAUGAUGAUUUAGGAACUUGCAGUCUUUGCUCUGUUAUGUCAGUCAUUUGAUUAGAAAAUAAACAAAGUUGGAAAAGAAGCUCAGACAUAUAACUAGAACAAUAGUCCCUUUCAACUGUCUGAUCUAAUUUAGUAUCAUUGAAAAGUGAAUACGACAUUGUACUUUGCAUUUCUCUGGCCAUUGAAUUCCCUCGCUGAAAGCCAACGCGUUCGGCAGCGGCCAAUGCCAGUUAGUUUUUUCCCACAGAUCCUUUUCAAAAGUGAUUACAAUACUUAUUGUUUCAGUGGAAUCUCCAUAGAAACGAGCCAAGAACUUACACUGUGCAUUUCUUAACAUACAUCAUUCAGCACGGCCGUCGUUAGCAUCGCACAAACAACAUGCACUCCAAAAAUAAAAUCCUGCGUCCAAAAACCACCAUGCUUAGCAAUUAAAUUCUAAUUUAUCUUAUACGGUUUAAACCGUUAAAACCUCCAUCCCUGCUAACAACGCGGAGACCUUCCUGGAAUCAGAAUUCAAAUAUUAUUCACUAAAUUCAAUGAAGCUUUGUCAUGUAAAUGAACUGUUCUGGCUUUUGAAAUUCCCACAAUUCAAGGAAUGUGCCUCAAACUAUGGUCUGGACGUUUAUAACCGUCUCGUUUCUCAGUUCUUACGAAUUGUUUUUUGUGAUCAGAUUUAUAUUGAGUUUUUCUAAAUUUGAAUUUGGUUUUAUUCUGGAGAUCCAGCAUGUUUUAGAAAAUCUUACUAACGCGGCGAUAGGAGAAGUAAUUCCAGAUUAAAAGAGCUGGGUAUUGUGCAACAGGUUCAGUUUGCUUGGGGGCUCAUUGUCUAAAGCUCUGUUCACACGCAGAGAAAGUGAAUGGAAGCAUCAUUAUCCUGGAAGCCAGCUCUCUGCGCGCUGGGGUGAAUGCAGUUUCUCAGAUAAAGGAAAGUACUAUGAUGCUGGCCAAGAAGUUUGACAAAUACAUACUUGAUAGAAUACGUCCGAAUGAAAAGGUGAACAAACAGUCCAUUAACCAACGCAGAAUGCUUUGAGGGGGUUGGUGGGACGACCCACAUCAGAAAUGUGCAGAGUUAUUGUUUAGGGAGUUAGAAAAACAAUAAUGAAAAUAUCAUGGCGUUCUUUUAGUAUACGCUGUUUAUUCAAACCAUCAAUCUUUCUGAUGUUGUUGAAGUGUCUAAGUCCUCAGAAGCCAGAACAUGUUUCCUGGUCCAAAACCAGAGAAAUCAGCCAGACCCGGACUCCAUGUUACAGCCAGUGUUAUCUGUCCAUGUUGUAGGGUCACAAUGAAUUGCGUGUGAAAGUUCACCAAUCGUGUUAAACUGAAUGGUGAAUACCUGGCCACUGGAAUUUGUUACCUUUAAGAGACGUGUACAUUUAGAAAAUCCUCUUCACAGCGAUAGCCCUGUUUUUUUCAGGAGCUAAUUUAUUGCAAACUGUGGCGAUAACGCUACAUCAUCGAGCAGCAGUAUAGUGAUACAAUGUGGCAAGGAGCCAUUCAGCCAAUCAUAGGUUCUGACUCAUUGCUGCAUUGUUCCCUCAGCCAGUCCAAAUGCAUGUUACUAAUGACUACGUAAACUUACCGGGUAGCUCAGUGAAGAAUUUGCGUCAAAAUUGUGCAGCGCUGUAAUUAACGACACAUGGAGUGUAUUUACAUGGAACGAGAGUUGAUCUCAGAUUUUUACUGUGAAUUAAACGAAAACACAACUUUACUCAUUUCCAUUUUUCUUAAUUUUCAGAUAAAUAAUGCAAGGUUAUGUUUAAUGUCAACGCUCACUAGAUCUAUCUUAGUUCAUCAGUCACUGAUAUUGGUUUAUAUACCUUGGUGAAUAAUUCAAGUAUUUUCUUUCAUUUCACUAAUCCUUUUUUGUUGUCAUUUUUUGCUUUGAAAUUCUCUAUUUCCUUCCCAUAAAAGCUGUUCCUCAAUGUGUUCUAAGGUUUCUUGGCUUGUUACGGACCACUAACAUGUUGGCGAAAGCUCUGUGUUGCUGAGAGUUUUCACCAUGAGAAGACGUUUAGGGUUCAACUUCAGGAUACAUCAGGAGUUUGAGAAGCUCAAUGGUAUAAACAAUGAACCUUUUCAGCCGGGCAGAGAGGCGCGAGAGCCAACUCUACCCACGGGCCCGCUGCCAUGGCGUCUUCUUUGACUCUGACCUCUCUUUCACUCCACUCAGCAAGUCAAUCUCUAAAUCUACCAUUUUCAUCUUAAAACAGCACAUAUCAGCUCCUUCUUAACGCCCAUACAACACAACGUCUUAUCCGCACCAUAAUUAUCUCCUGCCUUGACUACUGUAAUCCACUCCCCGGUGGUCUCAUACCAGAUUCCACAUGACAAUCUAUAACAAAUGGCCCAGACACACUCCUUCCACAUAUAAAUGUACACUCUAUCUACAAUAAAAGGACCAAAAGUAGUGUAAUACAAUAAAACACCAUAAUAAAAUCAGAGGUAUAUUGCACUCACAAUUGUAAGUUGAAUGAAGGCAGGACAAUAAAAUGUAAAAUGGACUUUCUUCCUGCUCCCGAAUCAAUAAUACAGGGGAAGAAGAAUAGCAAAAUGGUUAUAGAAUCACUCCUUCCACAGCUCACCCCUCCAUCAGUCCUUACACAGGACCUCUCGAUGUAAUGAUAAUGGUAGGAGCUCCAUAUUGUUGGUGUGUCUAAGAGUAUAACAGAGCUCCCCAGGAAUAAUACUCCCAGUAAUGUGUCUGUGUGUAUAACAGAGCUCCACAGCAAUAUUACUCCCAGUAAUGUGUCUGACAGAGCCCCACAGCAAUAAUACUCCCAGUAAUGUGUCUGACAGAGCCCCACAGCAAUAAUACUCCCAGUAAUGUGUCUGAGUGUAUAACAGAGCCCCACAGCAAUAAUACUCCCAGUAAUGUGUCUGAGUGUAUAACAGAGCCCCACAGCAAUAAUACUCCCAGUAAUGUGUCUGAGUGUAUAACAGAGCUCCCCAGGAAUAAUACUCCCAGUAAUGUGUCUGUGUGUAUAACAGAGCUCCACAGCAAUAUUACUCCCAGUAAUGUGUCUGAUAGAGCCCCACAGCAAUAAUACUCCCAGUAAUGUGUCUGACAGAGCCCCACAGCAAUAAUACUCCCAGUAAUGUGUCUGAGUGUAUAACAGAGCCCCACAGCAAUAAUACUCCCAGUAAUGUGUCUGAGUGUAUAACGGAGCUCCACAGCAAUAAUACUCCCAGUAAUGUGUCUGAGUGUAUAACAGAGCUCCACAGCAAUAAUACUCCCAGCAAUGUGUAUAACAGAGCUCCGCAGCAAUAAUACUCCCAGUAAUGUGUCUGAGAUUAAAACAGAGCUCCACAGCAAUAAUACUCCCAGUAAUGUGUCUGAGUGUAUAACAGAGCUCCACAGCAAUAAUACUCCCAGUAAUGUGUCUGAGUGUAUAACAGAGCUCCACAGCAAUAAUACUCCCAGUAAUGUGUCUGAGUGUAUAACAGAGCCACACAGCAAUAAUACUCCCAGUAAUGUGUCUUAGUGUAUAACAGAGCCACACAGCAAUAAUACUCCCAGCAAUGUGUCUGAGUGUAUAACAGAGCUCCACAGCAAUAAUACUCCCAGUAAUGUGUCUGAGUGUAUAACAGAGCUCCACAGCAAUAAUACUCCCAGUAAUGUGUCUGAGUGUAUAACAGAGCUCCACAGCAAUAGUACUCCCAGUAAUGUGUCUGAGUGUAUAACAGAGCUCCACAGCAAUAAUACUCCCAGUAAUGUGUCUGAGUGUAUAACAGAGCUCCACAGCAAUAAUACUCCCAGUAAUGUGUCUGAGUGUAUAACAGAGCUCCACAGCAAUAAUACUCCCAGUAAUGUGUCUGAGUGUAUAACAGAGCUCCACAGCAAUAAUACUACCAGUAAUGUGUCUGAGUGUAUAACAGAGCUCCACAGCAAUAAUACUCCCAGUAAUGUGUCUGAGUGUAUAACAGCUCCACACCAAUAAUACUCCCAGUAAUGUGUCUUUAAACUACAAUAAAUGUGUUUAGAAAUCAGUCUGUGUAAAUAAGAUCCAUUGUUCUUGUUAUAAAUUACAUUUUAGUUCUAUAAAUUGUUAAUAACGGCCACACGGUUUAUUAAGGCUGAGUAUUAGUGAUAACCCACAAAGUGUCUAAUUCUGUAUGAUAUGGCGAAUAACGAAUACUAAAACCUUAUUAGUAUUCAGACAGAAUGAUUUAUUGAAUCCCUAUCCUCUUGAUGGGAUCUUUUUACUUGUGACCUCUUGGCAGGGAGCGUGGGUUCGUAUCAUUCAGCUUUGACUCUGUGUAUCUCAUGUUCCCACGUGAGCUGCUGUUUACUAUGUCUGGUUCCUCGUGGCUGGCUGCGUCAGGCCGUGGUUAUACUGUCACUGCUACUGUAUCAUUAUGGCCAAACGCUGUCGUAUUAUGACAGCCAUUCGGGGACAGUUGCCAUUUUCCCACCGGUGCAGUCUGUCAGCACACUGUUAUCGGAGGCUGGAGCUUACAAUGAACAUACCAGGCCAUUUUCUGUGGGCCCCAUAGUGAUUAGAUGGUGCCAGGUCUAGAGGGUGGUUCGCUAUUUCAUUACCAUGGGGGAUGGUGUGAUUCCCUAUUGUCCUUUCAGUCCCAAAAGGAAUGUUGUCAUUUGGUCAUCCAGCAGUUACUGAGUUUCCAUUACACUGUGUCGGGUAGGAUUGAACAGGUAGCCAGGGAUUGGCUGAUAAAGCUCAGCCGCUUCCCGGUUUUAUAAAACAAUGUUUUCGGAGGAUCGGAGAGAAGAUGCAGGACAGAUACCUAGUACUGUUAGCAAUAAUGAUUUGUUAAUUAUGGGCAGUGAACUGGGUUUCUAUGUAUCACGAAUAACAAGGAUGUUAAAAUAUCCCUUUGUUUGAAUGUAAAUGCUGGAUCCUUGCAAUGCAUUCUCCUCUCUCGAUUUAGAAUGCAAAGAGUUACUGUAUAGUAUUAACCCGAUUCUCUUUCUCCUGUAAUCUGUAUAAUGAUACUCGUUACUCUGCUUUCCAAGCAUUAUGUUAUAUAUUUUUUUUCUUUUUGGCACCAGGUCGCCGGUAAUUAUGAGCCCACUGCCCCCAGCUCAAGGCACGCCAUGUGUCAAACGUUAAACUCUCCCAGGAUCUCGUACAGAAAACUUAGCAAAGAGUUCGCUGUCUGAUUGAUGAAGGCUUUUCAAGACUGAUUACAAAGGAGCUAGAACAUUCUUGGCAUCUGCCCUUUUCUUCAUGUGCAGGGGUGGCUCCCUUUCUGCCAAUCCCGUGCUUGCUGCCAACCCAAAAACCACAGGGCAGGAGGUCAGAAAAAAAUUGUAGUCUUUCUAACAUGUGAUUGUCACAGUUCGAGGAGAGCUAAUACCAGUUUACAAUAUAGAAACAGGUGGACAUCCUCGGCAUAAAAUAAACAUUUCCAGGUUUUGUAAAAAUCUACCAGAUGUGACGAAACUGAAAUAUAUUUUUAAAUACCAGAAUGAUCAUUUUCAGCCCGAUCAUAUAAUCAUGUCUACUACACUUCAAAGCAAGUCCUGCUUGGGUGGAAUUAAUAAAAAAAUAAGGACGGCCUUUUUAUUUUAUUUUAAAAAUCACUCACGUUCCUUUUUCAGCAAUGAGAGGCUCUCUAACUAGUAAGAUGAGUGGUGUGCGUGGAUUAGUGAAAUAAUGGACUCUGCUGUUUGGAUCCAAGUCGAAGAACAGAAGGCUCGUUGUUGACACUUGGUCACAAUGAAUCCAAAGGGGUUUCUUUUCCCGUUCAGCUUGUUGAAGCCCGUCUUCCAAGAAUGCUAUUCACAUUGUGCAGGACGGACAUUGUUACUCGAAUUCUGAAAGAGGACAUUGGAAUUAGCCCUCACUAUUCCUGCCAUGAAACACUUGCGCAUUGUAUUCUGUACACAGUGACUGACGUCCGUACUCUGAGUAGUCAGGGUUAACCUGCACGGUACUGGGAGUUCUUUAACCAUCACAGGUCAUUAGCAUGUGGGACACUGACAAUGGGCCUUCACAGCCGAGCCUUUGUCUUUCUGGGAGUUGGAAUACGUUGAAUGGGGAUCAGCAGCAGAACCACCAAAGAUGUGAAAUCUCUCCCGUGGGAACAGAUGAGAUCUCCCUGUGAUCAUAUGAUCCAUUAAAACCUGCGUGCCACAGGACUAAAGUGUUUUCCUGUUGAGGCCAGGUGACUGAGCAAAUAUAAGCCCAAUUACCAAGUGCUUCAAUAAAUACUAUUCUUGUGACGAAUCUCCCUGGACAAAGCGUCCUAUUCCGUUACUGUCUCUUUAUGUGUCUGGACACAGUGUCCCAUUCCGUUACUGUCACUUUAUGUGUCUGGACACAGCGUCCCAUGUCACUUUACGUGUCUGGACACAGCGUCCCAUUCCGUUGCUGUCACUUUACGUGUCUGGACACAGCGUCCCAUUCCGUUGCUGUCACUUUACGUGUCUGGACACAGCGUCCCAUUCCGUUGCUGUCACUUUACGUGUCUGGACACAGCGUCCCAUUCCGUUGCUGUCACUUUACGUGUCUGGACACAGCGUCCCAUUCCGUUGCUGUCACUUUACGUGUCUGGACACAGCGUCCCAUUCCGUUGCUGUCACUUUACGUGUCUGGACACAGCGUCCCAUUCCGUUGCUGUCACUUUACGUGUCUGGACACAGCGUCCCAUUCCGUUGCUGUCACUUUACGUGUCUGGACACAGCGUCCCAUUCCGUUGCUGUCACUUUACGUGUCUGGACACAGCGUCCCAUUCCGUUACUGUCACUUUAUGUCUCUGGACAGAACAUUCCGUUACUGGAGAUUUCAACCUUUCCUUAACCGGGCAAAAGAAUGGGCAAUAUUUACCAAAAAUCUAUUUUUGAUAAGCGUAAUUUACUUUAAAAAUAUCAGAAUUGGAGAGAAUCUCCAGUAUAGUAGAAAUGGAGAUUUGUUUUUCUAUUUCAUCUUAAAUUUGUUUGUGAAGUCAGCCCAAUCCAUUGUUUAGUACAGUUCGAAAGAUGCCCCGGCAGUAUGUUCCUCCCUAUAGAACCCCGGCAGUAUGUUCCUCCCUGUAGAACCCCGUCAGUAUGUUCCUCCCUGUAGAACCCCGGCAGUAUGUUCCUCCCUGUAGAACCCCGGCAGUAUGUUCCUCCCUGUAGAACACCGGCAGUAUGUUCCUCCCUGUAGAACCCCGGCAGUAUGUUCCUCCCUGUAGAACCCCGGCAGUAUGUUCCUCCCUGUAGAACCCCGGCAGUAUGUUCCUCCCUGUAGAACUCCGGCAGUAUGUUCCUCCCUGUAGAACCCUGGCAGUAUGUUCCUCCCUGUAGAACUCCGGCAGUAUGUUCCUCCCUGUAGAACCCCGGCAGUAUGUUCCUCCCUGUAGAACCCCGGCAGUAUGUUCCUCCCUGUAGAACCCUGGCAGUAUGUUCCUCCCUGUAGAACCCUGGCAGUAUGUUCCUCCCUGUAGAACCCCGGCAGUAUGUUCCUCCCUGUAGAACCCCGGCAGUAUGUUCCUCCCUUUAGAACCCCGGCAGUAUGUUCCUCCCUGUUUGCGGAGUUACUUUGUACGUUCGAUGCUAUGAUAGCCCAUCAUUUUUAUUAUUUCACUUUAACGGCUAUGAUAUAGUGGGACAUGCUACUCUGCUUUAUCUUGUAAGGAGAGUCGUAUUGUUUGAUGCAUUUAUUUUGUUUUUUUAUUACCGUAUUCUCUUUUUGUGACUCGUUUUGGUAGGAUGCAGAAUAUUUUCCUUUCCCCCAGUUAAUCUUGCCAGGUUUGUAUUUAGUUACACGGAUACAUCCUGACGCUAUUUACGCAGGUGGCAGCCGCCGGUGCUAAAGAAGGAUUUUCCAUUUACAAUACAAACAUUGACAGACUUGGCCACCGAAAGCUCUUGUUGUUGCCUUAAGAUAUGUUGUCUGGUUCUUUGCAACUCUUGGAAUCACAUAAAUCGGAUAUUACGUUAACAGCCGGCCUGCGUAAAAUCUGCAUUAAUGGUUAUUGCCUUUUACAAGACACAGAACUGUCAUGUGUUGCGUAGAUGCAAAGUCUAGGUAACACUGUACACAUUAUAUACUUUAUGUACUACUGGUUUGACACAACUAAGAGAAUGAAUUUAUCUAAUAAGUUCCUUAUGUUUCUAAGAUAUAGCCUUUCUUUCGUUUUGCAGUCCUAUGGAGGAGAAAUACUAAAGACUGGAUUUUUAGAUAUGCCUUCUUUAACAAUCAUAUACUUUUGAGACCUUUGGAUUGUAAACUAGAUCAGUUUAUAUGUACUCAGAUCUUUGGUUAAAUCAUGUACAAAUCGAUUCUAUGGUAUUAGUAAAAUAACAAACCAGGGUAAAGGACAGCAUUGAUUUUAAUGGAGAUUAUAGCUAAUGUAUGAAGGGUGCUUUAAAAAAAAUGAAUCAGAUUAAACUAGCCUCCCGUAGUUUACUAUGGGAUAAUUGUUGAGGAUGUGUGAAGUCAUACGCUCAGAAUUAGCUGAUUAUCUCCCAGAAUCAAUGUGAUAUAGCAGUGCAUGCGCAGUUUGCUCAUUUCUCCGAAUAUUACACCAUAGUAUUUUAAAUGUUGUUUUAUUCCACGUUUGUUACAGCAAGCAUUAGAUUGUAAAGUGAUAGUAUAAUCACUGGUAUUUGGAGUUUGAAAGACAGAUUUCCCGUGAGUUAUAACAUGCCCCUUUGGUUGUCCUGGUGCCUGAAGUAUCCUGUGGAUACCAGAGUUUAUUGCCACAUUGUUACUUGGUUUAUAGGACUGGACAUGCAAUAUGCCGAUUAUGGGAUGUGGAGCUGAAGCUGUGCAGACUCACAUGUGGCUCUGGGGUUCAGAUCAGAUUUCAUCAGCUUCUAAAUAAAGUAGAAUUCAGCAAUACAGAUCGUGGGCGUAGAUAGAAUCUAUAGAAUGCAAGGGGAAAGGUUAGGAAAAUGAGUAAUAGUUUGAUUAUUCAAAAAUCAUUUCCCUGCUAGAAAUGCGUGAUCAGGUGAUUACAUUCUGCAGCAUGGACAUAUAUAAUAUCUGUACAGAAUGUAUGGGCCGGUGACCUGUAAUAUUAAAAUUCUAUGGAUAUUAAAGCUAUAAUCGAGGAUCAUGUUAAUGUCGCUGUGAUUUAAUUUACAGGAAUACACAUCGCCAUGUGCCUUAGCUCCAGCCUUUAUCUUCCUCUCCUAGCAGGAAGUGAAGACAAUCAGGCAAAGUAAGGCCAGCUGUAAUCUCCCAGAACCCCCUUUAUAGUUAAACAUACAGCUCUCCUAGUCACGAUUCGAUGGGAGAAAUGUGUGUGAAUGCGCUGUCCUGUUGAUUAAUUAAAGGAUAAAUGUGUCAUUGUGCACAUCUUCCCUCUCUGAGUGUAUCCUUCAAUGCUUUGCCACGCUGCAGGGAUUUCGGGGAUCAGAUAAAGGCACAGGGAGAGGUACUGAGAAUUAGGGGUAUCCUGGUUAUGAAGAGAGAGGGAAUAGUCAGCUAGCAGUGUAAUACUUUUUAAACAUUUAUAAAUAAUCCUUUUUUUUAAUGUGGAUUACAGUAAGACGCUCUGUUCUCAUAAAAUAUAAGAAGAUAUUAAUUUUCAUAACACAGCCAGGGUGGUAAACGUACAUAAAGCACUUUAGUGAAAUCACUUUAUAUAUAGGUGUGUACACAGACAUAAUUUGUUCGCAGAGAAUCAAAGAUUCCAAGGCCGAGAAAAAUCGCCCACAGCACCAGCGACUCGGGAAGCGUGCCAGUUUCAAUAAUCUGAGCAUAUAUUACAAACUAAACAAGGUUUGCAUGUGCCCCAAGACCGGUAGUCCUGAGCUGCUUAAAAUAGCCCCCCUGUCGCAUGAAAGCGUAAUAUUUACAGUGUGAGCCGUGAGGCUGGUCCGUCCCCGAGCUCGCUGGCAUCUCUCACAUAUAUUGGGCUCUGUCCCAAAAUACGGCACUGCAAAUAUUAAAGAGAUAUUUCCAACCCCCCUCCCAUGGGGCCAGCAAAACUCCGCAGCCGGGAGCACAGUUAACUCUUUCCUUUAUUUACACUGUCAAGACGUCACCUGAAGGAUAUUUCCAUCCAGUUUAGUACUUUCUGUGAUAUGUAAUAAUAAAUAACGACGGGAUAAUGCCAUGUGAUAUUUACCAGCAUCGACCUCCUAAACAGGGACUCAGUUUGUUUAUUUAGCCUUUGUUUUAAGUUUUUUUUAAUUGUUUUGUAUUUUUUUAUUUUUGCAAAAUACUCCAGUGAGAUAUUUUUCAUUAGAGUUUUUUGUUAACUGCUGAACAUUAUAAAAAUAGUCUAUUUUGAUUUGUUAAAAUUGAGGUUUAAAGGUGUUUUCCAGAAACUUGACAUUAGUAAAUAUAGCCCUGGGCAUGUUGUCAGUUUUGCAUGAUCAUACUCUGCCAAGAGACACUUUUGUUUUUAUUGCUAAAUUUUGCUCCAUUGAUAUUUUUGUACUGCGUAUCGCUAACUAACAUGUAAUUAAUGAUGUCAUACUGCGUAUCGCUAACUAAUACGUAAUUAAUGACGUCAUACUGUGUAUCGCUAACUAACAUGUAAUUAAUGAUGUCAUACUGCGUAUCGCUAACUAACAUGUAAUUAAUGAUGUCAUACUGCGUAUCGCUAACUAACAUGUAAUUAAUGACGUCAUACUGCGUAUCGCUAACUAGUAUGUAAUUAAUUACAUCAUACUGCGUAUCGCUAACUAAUAUGUAAUUAAUGACGUCAUACUGCGUAUCGCUAACUAAUACGUAAUUAAUGACGUAAUACUGUGUAUCGCUAACUAGUAUGUAAUUAAUGAUGUCAUACUGCGUAUCGCUAACUAAUACGUAAUUAAUGACGUAAUACUGUGUAUCGCUAACUAACAUGUAAUUAAUGACGUCAUACUGUGUAUCGCUAACUACUAUGUAAUUAAUGAUGUCAUACUGUGUAUCGCUAACUAAUAUGUAAUUAAUGAUGUCAUACUGUGUAUCGCUAACUAAUAUGUAAUUAAUGAUGUCAUACUGUGUAUCGCUAACUAGUAUGUAAUUAAUGAUGUCAUACUGUGUAUCGCUAACUAAUAUGUAAUUAAUGAUGUCAUACUGCGUAUCGCUAACUAAUAUGUAAUUAAUGAUGUCAUACUGUGUAUCGCUAACUAGUAUGUAAUUAAUGACGUCAUACUGCGUAUCGCUAACUAAUAUGUAAUUAAUGACGUCAUACUGUGUAUCGCUAACUAAUAUGUAAUUAAUGAUGUCAUACUGUGUAUCGCUAACUAAUAUGUAAUUAAUGAUGUCAUACUGUGUAUCGCUAACUAGUAUGUAAUUAAUGAUGUCAUACUGCGUAUCGCUAACUAAUAUGUAAUUAAUGAUGUCAUACUGUGUAUCGCUAACUAAUAUGUAAUUAAUGAUGUCAUACUGCGUAUCGCUAACUAACAUGUAAUUAAUGACGUCAUACUGUGUAUCGCUAACUAACAUGUAAUUAAUGAUGUCAUACUGCGUAUCGCUAACUAGUAUGUAAUUAAUGACGUCAUACUGUGUAUCGCUAACUAGUAUGUAAUUAAUGAUGUCAUACUGCGUAUCGCUAACUAGUAUGUAAUUAAUGACGUCAUACUGCGUAUCGCUAACUAAUAUGUAAUGACGUCAUACUGCGUAUCGCUAACUAACAUGUAAUUAAUGAUGUCAUACUGUGUAUCGCUAACUAACAUGUAAUUAAUGACGUCAUACUGUGUAUCGCUAACUAGUAUGUAAUUAAUGACGUCCUACUGCGUAUCGCUAACUAAUAUGUAAUUAAUGAUGUCAUACUGCGUAUCGCUAACUAAUAUGUAAUUAAUGACGUCAUACUGCGUAUCGCUAACUAAUAUGUAAUUAAUGACGUCCUACUGUGUAUCGCUAACUAAUAUGUAAUUAAUGAUGUCAUACUGCGUAUCGCUAACUAAUAUGUAAUUAAUGAUGUCAUACUGUGUAUCGCUAACUAAUAUGUAAUUAAUGAUGUCAUACUGUGUAUCGCUAACUAAUAUGUAAUUAAUGAUGUCAUACUGCGUAUCGCUAACUAAUAUGUAAUUAAUGAUGUCAUACUGUGUAUCGCUAACUACUAUGUAAUUAAUGACGUCAUACUGUGUAUCGCUAACUACUAUGUAAUUAAUGAUGUCAUACUGUGUAUCGCUAACUACUAUGUAAUUAAUGAUGUCAUACUGUGUAUCGCUAACUACUAUGUAAUUAAUGACGUCAUACUGUGUAUCGCUAACUACUAUGUAAUUAAUGACGUCAUACUGCAUAUCGCUAACUAAUAUGUAAUUAAUGACGUCCUACUGUGAGCUGAAUGUAUGAGGUUCAGCUCUCCAAGUUCCUUCUAGUUUAACUUUUCAAUUUUCCAAUAUCUGGAAAUCCCGAACAAGGCAAAAAAUAAUAAUGACCAAUUCAGAUAUUUCACAUGAGGUCUUCAGCGAGAUCUCGUUAGAACAAUUCAAUUUUCCUUUCAGCUUCAAGAGUCAUUUUAAAUAACUCCCAUUAAUUCAACUGAUCAAUUUGUAGCAGUAAUAGUAUUAUACCAUGUUACGAGAUUUAAGAUUGGCAAUCAUUACCUUAUUCCUUCUGUAGGAGACACUAUUUGGAGAUGGUCUUUGGCCAACGAUAUUAUGGUUUGUGUGAUGGGGAAGUUUAACUUGUGUUCUCUAUUGGAUUCUGUUUUAUACAAGGGGUCUAAAUACUGAUUAUUCACAGACUGACUAUUAGACUAUGGGCUGUUUAACAAUGGUGGGGCAUUAAAUGAGCAUAUCGGACCUCUAUCAAGGUGGAAGUCUGUUCAGGACUGACAUGAAGUACGUUUUUUCAUUUUUAGACGCUGGUAGCUGGAGGUUUAUAUAAAUAUCUGUAAAUAUUCACUUUAUAAAACGUUAUUUAAGGUCAGUUGAGGCCAUCCUCGGAGAUCAGGACAUAUUUGUCCUCAUGAAUGAUUACUCUUUAGCUACAUAGACCCAGUAUUUAGUUUUUAUUUGAAGGUAUAACGUUCGCCCUUGUUGUUAUGGAAUCCAAUCCCUGAUAUAGCAUUGGGGUUUUUUACUCUUCAACUUUUGGCCUCUUCAAGAAUUCAGCACUUUACAACAACAUCUGAAAAUACUUAGCGUCCUUCGGAAUAGGAGCCUGCUGAGCUGUCAACCUCUCUAGGAAUUGGAUGGAUUUAAAACUAAAAUAACAGAUUGAACUGCGACUGUCCUGAUCCUUGCAGAGAAGAAGUGGUUAACAUUCCAGUGAGUUUUAUUGAGCACUGUAACAUGUGUUUUGCAGAUUGUCAUGCCAAAACCAUUUGCAGAAGAUCAGUGUCCUAUCAAUAGCCUACGUCAGCUCCCUGUCCCAGAGCUUGGCUAGAUUAUCAAAUUGAAACUUUGCUGCAGGGCCUUGUUAAGAAAUGUAGCUGAUAUUGUUUCAUUUGUUUAAUUAAUUUAUAGAAAUGCUCUAUUUUACGGGAUUCAUUUAUCAAUGUUUAGAGAGUGCAAUGAGAUGCCUCCUUUUUACUGCUAUUUCUGAAUGCUUGUCCUAUUGUGUCUUUAUACCCACCUCCUCUAGAUUGUAAACGGUCCUCCUCAAACAAUACCUCCUGUAAUUGUCUUAUUUAUUGCAAUUUUUCCCCAUCUUAUAAUAUUGUACAGUGCUGCGGAAUAUGUUGGUGCUAUAUAAAUGCCAAUCGUAAUAAUAAUUUAUCCAAGUCCUAUAUUUCUAAUAAAUAUAAUUAUUCAUUCCAUCUUCACUUCGUUUCCUGUGCUAUUCAUGUAUCAGUGGAGUAAUGUGACAGCUAGGUAGGGCAGCCAUUGUGGUUACAUGUUUUCUGUGCAUCUGUUCUAAUCAUGCAAAAUAUAUUUACUAAUAUAAUCUAAUAACUGAACUGUAUUUGUUGUUGUUUUUUCAUGGUAGUCCCCAUGUUUUUCCUUUCUGUGUUUUCCUUUUACCCCUCCAUUGCAAGUGCCCUGUCACUUUAAUGCUUAUUAUGACUUAAAUAAUAGCACUUGUAUCUUUCAAAAGCGACACGUUUUCAAAUUAUUCAUUCCAUCUUCACUUCGUUUCCUGUGCUAUUCAUGUAUCAGUGGAGUAAUGUGACAGCUAGGUAGGGCAGCCAUUGUGGUUACAUGUUUUCUGUGCAUCUGUUCUAAAUGUCAUGCAAAAUAUAUUUACUAAUAUAAUCUAAUAACUGAACUGUAUUUGUUGUUGUUUUUUCAUGGUAGUCCCCAUGUUUUUCCUUUCUGUGUUUUCCUUUUACCCCUCCAUUGCAAGUGCCCUGUCACUUUAAUGCUUAUUAUGACUUAAAUAAUAGCACUUGUAUCUUUCAAAAGCGACACGUUUUCAAUCUGUCUGUUUUCUCAUGCAUAUCUUUUUGCUACAAUGCUCUUCUUGUUGUUCCCUGUUUUUAUACUUAGACAAAGAUGCUAUUCCUCAUGGGUGGAGCUAGCUGACACCUACUGCAAAGAGGUUCCUCACUAAUGGUGGCAAAAAAGAAUUCUGAGAGAAUAAAUGCUGGCUUCUAGCUCUUCCCAUCAGGACGAGUAUGAUCUCCAUGUCCCAUGUAGGAGCCCAUGUUGGGUUUUUCAGUGCCAGAGCGCUGAGCAAGGCAUGCUAUGUGUCACUCCGGUGGCCUUGGAAGAUCGAACAUGCCACUGAGCCAGUUGUUAAGAGGGAUGUUUGGAAACCUGAGCCCUUUGUAAUUGUGAUGUUUCAUAUUUAUCCUCACAGUUUCUCUCCCAGCAGUGGUGCUGAACACGUCUGCUGUCACGCCCUACCAGCGGGGCUUUUACUGCAACGAUGAGAGUAUCAGAUAUGAGAUAAAGAAAAGCACUGUAUCUGUGCCUCUGCUACUUACAUUGGGGGUGUUGGUGGCAAUUGUCUCUGUAAGUGAUAUGUGUGCAAUACGCACGGAUCUCUGUGGCCAUGCAACCUUCUGGAGGAAUUGGCUGCUUAAUGAGUCAUGAGAAAUCGCAAGGUGGAUUUUGAUAAAUAUUUUCAAAUUGCCCACACCUCUGCAUUAACGGCCAACCGUCCCUAACUUUCCAUUUACCAUUUGAAUUAUUGGACUAAAAUAGACUGGAGAUCUAAUAAUAUUAAACAUAGAAAACACCCAAACACUAUGCUGCCAUUCGUGUUUUCAAGAUGUUUGAAAUGGUGGAAAGGCCAACGCCUUAAGUCCCACCACCCCUGGAGAAACCCUAUUAAACUCCCCCUAAGCUGACAUGUCGGGGUAUUUGGUAAACUUUUAGAUCACUUCAAAUCAUAUUGUAUCGGAAGCUGUUACAUUUGUCAAACGUCAGCCAUGGUUAUUCAACGUCAAUAACAUCUUCUGUCUCCUGCGGACGUUGCCUUUCUUCCCAUAUUGACACAUCUUAAAGAAUAAUACAAGGCUGGCAAAGUUCAGGGUUCGGACCUUCAAAUCUGCUCUUGCCUUUAGUUUGCCAUCAUGUUCAAAGCUCCAAAGCCUAUUUCACCCAAGAAGCGUUGCAUUGUCCACGAGGUCCAUGAUAUUGCAUUUUAUUUCUAUGAUUAUGUUGUAGAUUUACAGAUGUUGUUCUUGUCUUCUCUGCUCUCUGCUAGCUGGCCUCCCUUUCCUGAUAAUUGAAACUAACAGAAUCGAGCCUUACCAUCGGGGCUUUUACUGUGAAGACGAAAGCAUCAUGUACCCCUACAAACCAUCUGAAACUAUUAGUGACACUGUCCUUUCUGCGGCCGGUAUUCUUAUCUCAAUCCUUGCUGUAAGUUUGCAAACUGUCAAUCAAGUAUAAUCCGUGUCUUGCAUUCUUUCUCUCUAAAGCACCUCUUUCACACACAAACACACAAAGACGCUGUAACUUGAGCCGGCACAGUAAGUGCUAGAAUUGGCCAUUUCUUUUCCAUGAGCAUAUUUAUUUCAUUGUAAGGAUUAUUGGGUGCGGAUAUCUGUCUGCUCAAAAGUCCCUAAAGUUUCUCAACCAUUAAACACAUUCUACCCUAGUUGGUGUUUAAUUUAUAGUUAAUCAGAAUUUAGCAAGAAUUUGAAAAUACUUGUAUUUAAUUCUUUCAGUAACCCCCCUGCUCCCCACCCCAUACAUCCUGCCAUUUCAAUAAAGAAGGAUGGCGCAAUGCCGCUAAGGCCGAGAUUAGUAGAACCUUUCAUGCCAUGCCCCCACCUCGGCACGAUGUUACAUUCUAGGCAUCGUGUUCCUACUACUGCGGCUUCUUUAUCACAAAAUGUAGCGAUUGCCGAGCAAAACAGGGAUAGAAAUUCCAAAUUAAGAAAUCCAAUAAAAUGUCUUUAGUGACAGCAUCGAUUUGACAAUAUUACAGCAUUUUGUGCUGAUAUGGCCUCAUAUAGUGUAUAUCUAAUAUGCUACGGACACACAUAGUGUAUAUCUAAUAUACUACGGACACACAUAGCGUAUAUCUAAUAUACUACGGACACACAUAGCGUAUAUCUAAUAUGCUACGGACACACAUAGUGUAUAUCUAAUAUACUACGGACACACAUAGCGUAUAUCUAAUAUACUACGGACACACAUAGUGUAAAUCUAAUAUACUACGGACACACAUAGUGUAUAUCUAAUAUACUACGGACACACAUAGUGUAAAUCUAAUAUACUACGGACACACAUACUGUAUAUCUAAUAUACUACGGACACACAUAGCGUAUAUCUAAUAUACUACGGACACACAUAGCGUAUAUCUAAUAUACUACGGACACACAUAGCGUAUAUCUAAUAUACUACGGACACACAUAGCGUAUAUCUAAUAUACUACGGACACACAUAGCGUAUAUCUAAUAUACUACGGACACACAUAGCGUAUAUCUAAUAUACUAAGGACACACAUAGCGUAUAUCUAAUAUACUACGGACACACAUAGCGUAUAUCUAAUAUACUACGGACACACAUAGCGUAUAUCUAAUAUACAACGGACACACAUAGCGUAUAUCUAAUAUACUACGGACACACAUAGCGUAUAUCUAAUAUACUACGGACACACAUAGUGCGUAUAUCUAAUAUACUACGGACACACAUAGCGUAUAUCUAAUAUACUACGGACACACAUAGCGUAUAUCUAAUAUACUACGGACACACAUAGCGUAUAUCUAAUAUACUAAGGACACACAUAGCGUAUAUCUAAUAUACUACGGACACACAUAGCGUAUAUCUAAUAUACUACGGACACACAUAGCGUAUAUCUAAUAUACAACGGACACACAUAGCGUAUAUCUAAUAUACUACGGACACACAUAGCGUAUAUCUAAUAUACUACGGACACACAUAGCGUAUAUCUAAUAUACUACAGACACACAUAGUGCAUAUCUAAUAUACUACGGACACACAUAGUGUAUAUCUAAUAUACUGAACACACACAUAUACUGUAUAUCUAAUAUACUGAACACACACAUACUGUAUAUCUAAUAAACUAAGGACACAUAUAGUGUAUAUCUAAUAUACUACAGACACACAUAGCGUAUAUCUAAUAUACUACAGACACACAUAGUGCAUAUCUAAGAUACUAAGGACACACAUAGCGUAUAUCUAAUAUACUACGGACACACAUAGCGUAUAUCUAAUAUACUACGGACACACAUAGUGCAUAUCUAAGAUACUAAGGACACACAUAGCGUAUAUCUAAUAUAUUACGGACACACAUAGCGUAUAUCUAAUAUACUACAGACACACAUAGUGCAUAUCUAAUAUACUACGGACACACAUAGUGUAUAUCUAAUAUACUGAACACACACAUACUGUAUAUCUAAUAAACUAAGGACACAUAUAGUGUAUAUCUAAUAUACUACAGACACACAUAGCGUAUAUCUAAUAUACUACAGACACACAUAGUGCAUAUCUAAGAUACUAAGGACACACAUAGCAUAUAUCUAAUAUACUGAACACACACAUACUGUAUAUCUAAUAUACUGCGGACACAUAUACUGUAUAUCUAAUAUACUGAACACACAUUUCGUUUCUUUUUGGUCUUAAUAUUGAGAACUAUUUUGGGGGUUUAUUCACUUAUCAGUGAUUUAUGCUAAACUGAAUGAAUUAUACAAAAUUAUCUGAGUUUCCAAAAAAUAUCCAUUUGGCUUUGCCUGAAGCUGUUUAGUGAAUAAGCCCUAUAUGUGUGAUUUUUAUUGAUUCACUCUACUCUCUGCGCUGGUGUUGGGAUCGAUGUUGCUUUGGGUUUUUCUCUCUGUGCUGUUUCUUGCCAUAUUUACCUGCGGUAUGAAUUCAGAGCUGGGUGGGGCGUUGGAGACAAUGACCAGGGAAUCGGGGGACCAACAGCCAACUGGGAAUUCCGAUUUGAAAUAAUAUUUCCUGUUUCCUGGUCAUUUAUCUUCAAUUCCCCCCUUAUUUAAUAAACACAAUUGUUUUGAUGUGUAUUUAAUGAUUAUUGAAUUUGUUUCUGAAAUGAAACACUUAUAACUUCCCACUUCUAAAUAGUAAAUAUACCAAGUGACGCACUUAUUGACCGGAGAUGCUCGAUGUCUCAGUGACUCAGCCUUUGUACAUAAAAUAAAAAAAUCUCCUUUUUAAAGGGACAUUGCAAUACAUGGACAAAUGUGAUGGUAAAAUAGAUCCUGGAAUGAGAUUCCUUGGUUUCAUCUUCUAGGAGGGCCAUAAUAUAAACACAAGCAAACAUUACAGUUUGUGCAGAGCGUUCAGCCGAGCCUUGCAGGUUUUCAAUAGUUAAAAUGACAAAGCAUCAUGGAAGCUGUAGUUUUAAAACAUCUCGGGAUCUACCUUUUGGGCAGCCCUGCCGUACAUGUUACAAGUUUUUUUCCAUUAAGGGGUCAGUCGAAAAUAUUAAACGGUAACUCUGUGAUCAGAAAAAAAUCAGAUUUCUGUUCAAAUGCUUUUAUUUUACUCACAUUGAUUUAGAAAGAUUUGUGUUUUAACUUGUGUAAGUGAAAUCAGUUUUGUUCCUAAAGAUAACGGAAUAUUACUAAUAAUUUAGUGGCAACUGCCAAGGGCAAAUUGUGAUGGAGUAUAUACUUACGGCGUUAAAUUUAAACAUCCGUUAAUGAACCAUUCUCCUUGUUAUGACCCCAAAGCAUAGAGAUACGUGAAUUACUUAAUAAUUUGGUCAUGAAUUACCUCUGCAAAACAUAGAAUUAUCAGAUUCUGUGAUAAAUAUUAACCCGAGUCAGACAUUUUCAAGGUAAAUACAGUUGGUGAUAACGCAGACGCCAUAUCGGUACUUGUGUAGAUACUCAGAUUCGGGUAUUAGCAUUGCUUGUUCUUAUUUUCUAUGUUUGCAAUGUCUUUUUUAGGAUAUUACAUGGAUUGUUGGAAUAUAUUUAUUGUAUUUUUAUUAGAACCAAAGACUUGGCUGUUUGUUCCCUCAGAGUGACACUCACCCAGACUGGAGAUUUGGCCACGGCACUCUGUUUCGUGAAUAUUCAUUUUGGAGCCCCUAUGUCUAUGGUUUUUUAUUUUUAUUUAAAUUGUUACAAACCACUAUUUGUGGAGCUGUGAGAUUCUUAGUAAAGUGUGAUCCCCCAGCAGUCCAACCUGACAACCUGUAUUCCUAGGAAAUAAAAUCACAGCCCAGUGACUCCCACUGCUUAACUGGUAGAAUAUAAAUGGUUAGCCAUGUGUGUCACUGUUAGCACCACCUACAGAGAUGCGGAUAGAUGUGCACAAAACCGAAAAUAAAUUGGGAGGGAAGGCAAUGUACACGGCUCUCAAUUUCAAACAAAUGAACACGGCAGACAUUGCAUGGAAAAAUAUCUCUCAAAGUUCUGCGCACUGACUUACAGCUGGCAUCGAGUGUUACCAUAUGUGAGAGUCCACACUUAGAGAGAGGAGGGGAUAAUAUCUGAUAACAGCAUGGUAUCUAGAUAAUAUCGGAUAACCGCGUGGUAUCUAGAUAAUAUCUGCUAACAGUGUGGUAUCUAGAUAAUAUCUGCUAACAGUGUGGUAUCUAGAUAAUAUCGGAUAACAGCAUGGUAUCUAGAUAAUAUCGGAUAACCGCGUGGUAUCUAGAUAAUAUCUGCUAACAGUGUGGUAUCUAGAUAAUAUCUGAUAACUGCGUGGUAUCUAGAUAAUAUCGGAUAACCGCGUGGUAUCUAGAUAAUAUCUGCUAACAGUGUGGUAUCUAGAUAAUAUCUGCUAACAGUGUGGUAUCUAGAUAAUAUCGGAUAACAGCAUGGUAUCUAGAUAAUAUCGGAUAACGCGUGGUAUCUAGAUAAUAUCUGCUAAACAGUGUGGUAUCUAGAUAAUAUCUGCUAACAGUGUGGUAUCUAGAUAAUAUCUGAUAACAGUGUGGUAUCUAGAUAAUAUCUGAUAACCGCGUGGUAUCUAGAUAAUAUCUGCUAACAGUGUGGUAUCUAGAUAAUAUCUGAUAACAGUGUGGUAUCUAGAUAAUAUCUGAUAACCGCGUGGUAUCUAGAUAAUAUCUGGAUAACAGUGUGGUAUCUAGAUCAUAUCGGAUAACAUCUGAUAACAGUGGUAUCUAGAUAAUAUCGGAUAACAGUGUGGUAUCUAGAUAAUAUAACUGGUAUCUAGAUAACAGUGUGGUAUCUAGAUAAUAUCGGAUAACCGCGUGGUAUCUAGAUCAUAUCGGAUAACAGUGUGGUAUCUAGAUAAUAUCUGCUAACAGUGUGGUAUCUGUGUGGUAUCUAGAAUAUCUGAUAACAGCGUGGUAUCUAGAUAAUAUCUGAUAACCGCGUGGUAUCUAGAUAAUAUCUGCUAACAGUGUGGUAUCUAGAUAAUAUCUGAUAACAGUGUGGUAUCUAGAUAAUAUCUAGAUGUGGUAUCUAGAUAAUAUCUCCUAAUAGUGUGGUAUCUAGAUCAUAUCGGAUAACAGUGUGGUAUCAGAUCAUAUCUGUAACAGCAUGUUAUCUAGAUAAUAUCUGAUAACAGCAUGGUAUCUAGAUCAUAUCUGAUAACAGCGUGGCAUCUAGAUCAUAUCGGAUAACUGUGUGGUAUCUAGAUAAUAUCGGAUAACUGUGUGGUAUCUAGAUAAUAUCGGAUAACAGUGUGGUAUCUAGAUAAUAUCCGAUAGCAGUGUGGUAUCUAGAUACUAUCUGAUAACAGCAUGGUAUCUAGAUAAUAUCUGAUAACAUUGUGGUAUCUAGAUAAUAUCUGAUAACAGUGUGGUAUCUAGAUGAUAUCUGAUAACAGCGUGGUAUCUAGAUAAUAUCUGAUAACCGUGUAGUAUCUAGAUAAUAUCUGCUAACAGUGUGGUAUCUAGAUACUAUCAGAUAACAGUGUGGUAUCUAGAUAAUAUCGGGGCACCUAGAUCAUAUCGGAUAACAGUGUGGUAUCUAGAUCAUAUCGGAUAACAGUGUGGUAUCUAGAUAAUAUCUGAUAACAGUGUGGUAUCUAAAUAAUAUUUGAUAACAGUGUGGUAUCUAGAUAAUAUAUGCUAACAGUGUGUUAUCUAGAUAAUAUCUGAUAACCGCGUGGUAUCUAGAUAAUAUCUGCUAACAGUGUGGUAUCUAGAUACUAUCGGAUAAGUGUGGUAUCUAGAUACUAUCGGAUAACAGCGUGGCACCUAGAUCAUAUCGGAUAACAGUGUGGUAUCUAGAUAAUAUCUGAUAACAGUGUGGUAUCUAGAUAAUAUCUGAUAACAGCAUGGUAUCUAGAUAAUAUCUGGUAACAGUGUGUUAUCUAGAUACUAUCGGCUAACAGCGUGGUAUCUAGAUAAUGACUGAUAACAGCGUGGUAUCUAGAUGAUAUCUGAUAACAGCGUGGUAUCUAGAUAAUAUCUGAUAACAGUGUGGUAUCUAGAUAAUAUCUGCCAACAGUGUGGUAUCUAGAUAAUAUCUGAUAACAGCGUGAUAGCUAGAUAAUAUCUGAUAACAGCGUGGUAUCUAGAUAAUAUCUGCCAACAGUGUGGUAUCUAGAUAAUAUCUGCCAACAGCGUGGUAUCUAGAUAAUAUCUGAUAACAGCGUGGUAUCUAGAUAAUAUCUGAUAACAGUGCGGUAUCUAGAUAAUAUCUGAUAACAGCGUGGUAUCUAGAUAAUAUCUGCUAACAGUGUGGUAUCUAGAUAAUAUCUGCUAACAGUGUGGUAUCUAGAUAAUAUCUGAUAACAGUGUGGUAUCUAGAUAAUAUCUGAUAACAGCGUGGUAUCUAGAUAAUAUCUGAUAACCGCGUGGUAUCUAGAUAAUAUCUGUCAACAGUGUGGUAUCUAGAUAAUAUCUGAUAACAGUGUGGUAUCUAGAUAAUAUCUGAUAACCGCGUGGUAUCUAGAUAAUAUCUGUCAACAGUGUGGUAUCUAGAUAAUAUCUGAUAACAGCGUGAUAGCUAGAUAAUAUCUGAUAACAGCAUGGUAUCUAGAUAAUAUCUGGUAACAGUGUGGUAUCUAGAUCAUAUCGGAUAACAGUGUGGUAUCUAGAUAAUAUCGGAUAACAGUGUGGUAUCUAGAUAAUAUCUGGUAACAGUGUGGUAUCUAGAUACUAUCGGAUAAGUGUGGUAUCUAGAUAAUAUCGGAUAACAGCGUGGCACCUAGAUCAUAUCGGAUAACAGUGUGGUAUCUAGAUAAUAUCUGCUAACAGUGUGGUAUCUAUAUAAUAUCUGAUAACAUCGUGGUAUCUAGAUGAUAUCUGAUAACAGCGUGGUAUCUAGAUAAUAUCUGAUAACCGUGUAGUAUCUAGAUAAUAUCUGAUAACAGUGUGGUAUCUAGAUAAUAUCUGAUAACAGUGUGGUAUCUAGAUAAUAUCUGAUAACAGAGUGGUAUCUAGAUAAUAUCUGCUAACAGCGUGGAUUCUAGAUAAUGACUGAUAACAGCGUGGGAUCUAUAUAAUAUCUGAUAACCGCGUGGUAUCUAGAUAAUAUCUGCUAACAGUGUGGUAUCUAGAUAAUAUCUGAUAGUGUGGUAUCUAGAUAAUAUUUGAUAACAGUGUGGUAUCUAGAUAAUAUAUGCUAACAGUGUGGUAUCUAGAUAAUAUCUGCUAACAGUGUGGUAUCUAGAUAAUAUCUGAUAACCGCGUUGAAUCUAGAUAAUAUCUGAUAACCGCGUGGUAUCUAGAUAAUAUCGGAUAACAGUGUGGCAUCUAGAUCAUAUCGGAUAACAGUGUGGUAUCUAGAUCAUAUCGGAUAACAGUGUGGUAUCUAGAUCAUAUCGGAUAACAGUGUGGUAUCUAGAUAAUAUCGGAUAACAGUGUGGUAUCUAGAUAAUAUCCGAUAACAGCGUGGUAUCUAGAUAAUAUCUGCCAACAGUGUGGUAUCUAGAUAAUAUCAGCCAACAGCGUGGUAUCUAGAUAAUAUCUGCCAACAGUGUGGUAUCUAGAUAAUAUCUGAUAACAGCGUGGUAUCUAGAUAAUAUCUGCCAACAGUGUGGUAUCUAGAUAAUAUCUGAUAACAGCGUGGUAUCUAGAUAAUAUCUGAUGGCAGCGUGAUAUCUAGAUAAUAUCUGAUAACAAUGUGCUAUCUAGAUAAUAUCUGCCAACAGCGUGAUAUCUAGAUAAUAUCUUAUUGUGGGUCAGCAUGAUAUCUAGAUAAUAUCCGAUGACAGCGUGAUAUCUAGAUAAUAUUUAAUCAUUGUGUAUUAGCAUGAUAUCAAAAUAACACCCAGAUAAUAUCCAAUAUUUAGGUAAUAUGUAACAGUUGUAUAAUACAAUAAUAAUAUCUAACAGUUAUAUAACAGUGUUAUAUCCUAAUAAUAUGUGAUAACAGAAUGAUGUCUAAAUAAUAAUAUAUUUGUGUCACACAUAGAUAAUAUUUCAUAUUUUAGAAGGCAGCGUCCCCUUUCAUUUAUUUGUCUAAUUCGUAUUACGUUCCUGUCCAAGGCCGGGAUUAAAUAACUCUGCUUUAUGAGAACAUUACAUCCCCAGGCUUUGCUUUUUCAAGUGAAGACAUCCAUAAUGUGAAAAUGUAUUGUUAACCUUUCAAAUCGUCCUAUCCUGGAUAGAGAGCUAACAAUAACAGGCUCAGCCGCAAUUAUUUAACAUGCCUUGGGAAUUCCUAAAUACACAUAAUUGCAGCACGUUCCUCCUCUUAUUGCAUUGAAAAUCGCUCUCUUUGUUCUUUGAGAGUUUUGCUGAAUGUUUCUUAUAAUUUCCCGUUUAUUAAAGGAGACAGAAAGAAACACUUAUUUUAAAUGUGUGUUUGAUGGAAGGUGAUGGCGGGGUCAUACCUGGCGAUAGAGACCCAUAAUUCACACUUAGAUUAUUUUAUUCUCAGUAUUCUGAUGCUGUGUCCGUACUGUGAGCAGCUGAGUGAGUCGGUUUAGUUGACAGAAUCAGCAAUAGGCAGUUACCUCCUUACUAUUUUGUUUACAAGAUUCUGUUUUUAAUUGUGAAUUAGCGUACCCUAUGUGAGUCCUGAAGCAGUUAAUUCUAAAGAUUGCUUCUUUGUGUUUGUGUGUUUGUCGUUGUUAGGAUGUUAUGAGGAAGACAUGGUCAAACAGUGCUAAAUUAAAGCAUAAUAUCUAAUCUAUUGACUGGGUGCCAUCAGACCCACCAACUGGCUGCUCGUUAGCGGGAGCCACUAUUGAGAUAAAGCUUUGCUUGGCUGCCGCUUGGUGCGGCACUGGACGGCCGGUUAUAUAACAGAAUCGGAGGGAUACAAGGCAAAUUGUGGUGGCUUAGUCACAUCAUCCCUGCUCUUCAAACGAGUAUUAGUUAUUCACUGAGGCCGCUUGUUUAAAAAUAAGGCCACGCUGACAAAUGAAAAUGGCCUCGUGGGAAAGCGAGGGGUGACUAGAGUUCUGAGAUUUUUUUCAUUCAUGUGUAAAUAGGCCUUAAUGAUGAAGGGCUUUAAAAAGCGUCUGUGCCAGCCCCUACUCCAUUAUUUUUACGGCCGUCCCAUUCGCGCUCCCUUCUCCGUGCGCUGAUAUCUUAGUUGAAAGGGUGUGGAAGGUUUAUUGUAUUAGCUGUCUGAAUAGGACAGGUUGGGAGUGAUUUCACUUCACGGGUGAAUGAGAAUUUUCAAUAAACAUGAAUUUGUUACAGGUUGCAUUAGUGCACGCAGGGUUGUAUGCUGCGAUAAUCUGCAGGCGCAGAAUUCUAGGCCAUUCUAGUGAUUGUGGCAGACACAGCAAGAUUAACAUGUUGGGGUUUGUUUGCAGAGCGUUUCUAGCUUAAUAAAAGUAGGAUAUGUCAUCAGUGGGAACUAAUCUAUCCCAGACGCCCUGAAUUACACGCCAUUAAUCUCCCCCAAACUAUAGCUUUCAAAAACUCACUGUUCCUCUCUGAAGCCAAAAUAGCUCAACUGAAACUGUAACGGACAUCGAGAAUUUUCAAAUUCUGCUAUUUAGGAUUACACAAAUGACUAAAAAAUGUAAUUUGAAUUAUUGACAAUUCUCUAAUUAAUAAAGAGUGUGGCGUUUGUAAUUCAAACUUUAGGAUCAUAACUCAUGUGUGUGCGUUGUCCUGACUGACUCUGGGUGACAAACUAUGAUGUUUUAUUUUGUUUUAACUUCUUAAAUAAAUGUAAUUUUUUUUUUUUUUAUUGUGUCCGCAGAUAAUCGUUGGAGAAUUUUUUCGGAUUCAUUACUUAAAGGAGAGGUCCCAUUCUUUUAUUCAGAACCCCUACGUGGCAGCUCUGUAUAAGCAAGCUGGAUGCUUUAUAUUCGGCUGUGCUAUAAGCCAGUCCUUCACGGAUAUUGCCAAGGUGUCUAUCGGUCGCCUGCGUCCUCAUUUCCUGGCGGUCUGCGAUCCUGUCUAUAAUACGACUAACUGCUCCUUGCACUACAUCGUGGAUUAUGAAUGCAGAGGUUCAGAGAGCAAAGUCAGGGAAGCCAGGUAAAUACGCAGCCGAUCGGCAGACUAGAUGGACCGAAUGGUUCUUAUCUGCCGUCACAUUCUAUUAUUCUUCGUAGCAUGCAGUCAUUGAACUUUCUGUAUAAAGGUAUAACAAAGGUAGGUCUGCUUUCACUUCACAACAGCAAAUAUAUUAGCAGACAAAGAUACCAGUUAAAGACAACAUAAGAUAAGUGAUUAAAGUUCAAUGUACCUACUGCCGAUGUAGUGUGUGAUGUGUCCUGUUAAUGUUUAUCUGUCCAGAUACAGUUAUUAAGGGAAGCAAACAUUGUAUCACUCAGUGAGAGGUUAAAUGUGACAAAUCUGUUCUAAAUGACAAAUGUAAAGCAAAUCCACUCUUCGUUGGAGCUGCUACAAAGAGCGAUUUGUUAAAACCUAUAUAUAUUUAUAUUAUUAUCAUCUUAUUGCUUCGAAAUCAAUAAAUCUCCAGGCACACAGCUUUCUGGGCAGGGCAGAGUUAAAUGUACAGGGAGCUUGAUAAACUGGUGAUUCAGCCCUCGUAAAAUCCCAUUGGUAGGAUUCGAAGUCCACAAUGGCUUAUCGACCUUUUUUUAUCUCUAACAGGAAAUCUUUCUUUUCGGGACACGCUUCCUUCUCGAUGUACACAAUGCUGUAUCUGGUGGUAAGUUUCCUUCUCUGCAUUAAAUUUAUUUUAUUAAUUUAUUCAAUGUCUGGAACAUGGUGCCUUAUUACACAGUGUGUAAAUGUUAAUACAUGGAAUUAUAAAUCACAUUUUACCAACAUAAACACCAUACCGUUUCCUGGGAGACUCCUCAAUCCUUAUAUUUAUUGCAGAUCAUGAUAGCUUUUCAGGAGUUUAGAAUAUUCAUUGUAAUCACAGAGCUCCCUGCAAUAAAACUCCCAGUAAUAUGCAGUGUGUGUGUGUCACAGAGCUCCACAUCAAUAAAACUCCCAGUAAUAUGCAGUGUGUGUUUCACAGAGCUCCACAUCAAUAAAACUCCCAGUAAUAUGCAGUGUGUGUGUGUCACAGAGCUCCACAUCAAUAAAACUCCCAGUAAUAUGCAGUGUGUGUGUUUCACAGAGCUCCACAUCAAUAAAACUCCCAGUAAUAUGCAGUGUGUGUGUGUCACAGAGCUCCACAUCAAUAAAACCCCCAGUAAUAUGCAGUGUGUGUGUUUCACAGAGCUCCACAUCAAUAAAACUCCCAGUAAUAUGCAGUGUGUGUGUUUCACAGAGCUCCACAUCAAUAAAACUCCCAGUAAUAUGCAGUGUGUGUGUUUCACAGAGCUCCACAUCAAUAAAACCCCCAGUAAUAUGCAGUGUGUGUGUUUCACAGAGCUCCACAUCAAUAAAACCCCCAGUAAUAUGCAGUGUGUGUGUGUCACAGAGCUCCACAUCAAUAAAACCCCCAGUAAUAUGCAGUGUGUGUGUUUCACAGAGCUCCACAUCAAUAAAACUCCCAGUAAUAUGCAGUGUGUGUUUCACAGAGCUCCACAUCAAUAAAACUCCCAGUAAUAUGCAGUGUGUGUGUUUCACAGAGCUCCACAUCAAUAAAACUCCCAGUAAUAUGCAGUGUGUGUGUGUCACAGAGCUCCACAUCAAUAAAACUCCCAGUAAUAUGCAGUGUGUGUGUUUCACAGAGCUCCACAUCAAUAAAACUCCCAGUAAUAUGCAGUGUGUGUGUGUCACAGAGCUCCACAUCAAUAAAACCCCCAGUAAUAUGCAGUGUGUGUGUUUCACAGAGCUCCACAUCAAUAAAACUCCCAGUAAUAUGCAGUGUGUGUUUCACAGAGCUCCACAUCAAUAAAACCCCCAGUAAUAUGCAGUGUGUGUGUUUCACAGAGCUCCACAUCAAUAAAACUCCCAGUAAUAUGCAGUGUGUGUGUGUCACAGAGCUCCACAUCAAUAAAACUCCCAGUAAUAUGCAGUGUGUGUGUUUCACAGAGCUCCACAUCAAUAAAACUCCCAGUAAUAUGCAGUGUGUGUGUUUCACAGAGCUCCACAUCAAUAAAACCCCCAGUAAUAUGCAGUGUGUGUGUUUCACAGAGCUCCACAUCAAUAAAACCCCCAGUAAUAUGCAGUGUGUGUGUGUGUCACAGAGCUCCACACCAAUAAAACUCACAACAAUGUGCAGUGUGUGUGUUUCACAGAGCUCCAUAGCAUUGACUCUCCCAGUAGUGUACAAUAUGGGUAUAUCACAGAGCUCCAUGCAUUGACUCUCCCAGUAUUGUACAAUAUGAGUAUAUCACAGAGCUCCAUAGCAUUGACUCUCCCAGUAGUGUGCUAUUAUAUCACAGAUCUCCAUAGCAUUGACUCUCCCAGUAUUGUACAAUAUGGGUAUAUCACAGAGCUCCAUAGCAUUGUCUCUCCCAGUAUUGUACAAUAUGGGUAUAUCACAGAGCUCCAUAGCAUUGACUCUCCCAGUAUUGUACAAUAUGGGUAUAUCACAGAGCUCCAUAGCAUUGUCUCUCCCAGUAUUGUACAAUAUGAGUAUAUCACAGAGCUCCAUAGCAUUGACUCUCCCAGUAGUGUGCUAGUAUAUCACAGAGCUCCAUAGCAUUGACUCUCCCAGUAUUGUACAAUAUGAGUAUAUCACAGAUUUUCGUCUUGUUCCCAUCCUUUGCUGCUAUCUCAUGGAUGUGGCCGGGGCUGCUUUGAUUUAACGUGAGUGGGAGUGAGGGGGGUUUCUAGCACCAGUCCCUGUUUGGCUGUGUAGUAGAUAAGAGUGCUGAAGGCAAUCAUCUCAUGUUGAAUUCCAGCUGUGGGACUGAGUUAUGGUGAUGGCUUUCUGGAAACUCACAAUAUUUGUUUAGCUUUGGUUCUGGAAACCUGCAGGGGACACGUGGUCGCUGCUCUGUGAGCUGAAUUGCCAUGAAAUAAAAGCAGUGUUUUCUGAAAUAUUACCUGCUGCGGACGCUGGGCCGAGGUGUCGCUGCUUGUUGGUAGCGCAAUCUACCUUCAGCGAGUCUACAAGUGAUUAUUAUGUGCGACGCGUUCAGUGCCAGCUAAGCUGCCAGGAGGGCUCCAUUUAUUUAUUUCACAUGUAAACUUACUGUUUUUCUAAGCGUCAUUACCCCACAUUAUCGGAACAGAGGACAAGCUAUUUCACUUUCGCAAUGAAACCCUCCACUUCCAGAUUAUUAAUUAUAGUAUUGCCCCUGGGCAAAUCCCUGUGCAGGCCACACAACCUGGGGCUGGCUAAGAAUGAUGAGAGUUGUGUUCCUAAAUAGCUUCAGAGUGAUCUAGUUUACAGAACGCCAGUAAUACCUUUAGUGUUAUGACAUAAUAAGGUUGUAGUAUAAUGUAUAGCAGUUAGAAUAAAGUUAUACAUAGAUAGAUGCUGCAGGGAGACAAGAGUGAGAAAAACACUCUAUCCCCUCUGCAGGCUGCAUUUUGAUAGGUUGGUGCUCUCAGCCAAUCAAAUUCCAGCUGGAUUUUAAAUAAGUUUGAAAUAAUGGCGUUGCCCAAUUUAAUGUAAAAUCCGUUAAUCUGGAGAUCUGUGCGAGGCGUGGGCAAGUGAUGGUAAUUGUAGGCAGAAUUUAUAUAGUGCCAACAAAUACUGUAGCGCCUUACAAUAGUAUAGGACGUUUGACUCCCAUGACCCAGAAUCCCAGGUAGGGAGGUGUAGGCAUGAAACGUCUUUUAGGCAGAGGUGGUAAUGUAGAGGAAUUCAGUUUGUUGCUGAAUACUGUGUUUAUAAAGAGGGAACCAACCAGCUGCCUCUUCGGUUCAUGAAAAGGUUAAAAAUCGUCCACAUUUAUAACGUAACUUAAUUUGCUGCGUUUAAUUCAGUGAGGAAGAAGGGAAUGAGUUUGAUUAUUAAUAUAUUGAUCUGUCUGGAGCGUUGGAAUGAUUAACAAAUUGCCGAUUAAUCGACAGAUAAGCCGUUAUCGUUCUGUCGUGUGACGCCCAAUAACAAUUUGUGUUUUUCUUAGCUGAAUGUAAUAAACUGAGAGACGGCACGGCCUUAUUACUAAACAGCGAGUCACGGGGGAUGGAAAAACAAAUUAAACCAAAAUAGCGGAGUUUGAAGCAAGUUCUCUGGAGAUUUUGCUCUGUUUUCGGCUCCUCGUAGCUGGCUGCACAGUCAUUAAUCAGUGUAGACAGUAUACUCAGUGCUGCUCCUUUUCUAUAAUAGAAUAGACAGUGUAAAAAGAGAAAUGUGAUAGAAAGCAGGUCUUUAGCAUGUCGGCCGUUUACCUCUUCUCUCCAUCCAGGAGUAUUCUAGAUUAAAUUCCUUCCAAGGUAAAUCCAGUCACAAACAGCCCUUCCCCCACACCCCUGACUGAUGAAUACCAGGAACACAGCCUUAUCUGACGGCCAUCUUUACGACCUCACUGGAAAUACGUCCAUUGACUUGUAUUAAUCAUAUGAAACAUGGCAAGUUUUGCAAUGUAUUCGAGGAGCUCAAAUCAUUCAUCGCUUUGUAGAUUUUGGGGCCAGUUUAGUAAGCAGAGACUGGUCAAACGAGUUGCAAAAUGUUCAUUGAAAUAGGCAAGCUAGGAGAAAUUCUAUCAGCUCAGGUUUGUUCAUUCGUCACCACAAUUCACUGGGAGAAAACCACUACCGCCACCCAGAAUCUACAAUGGCAACCUGCAGCGCAGAGCGGAGACACGAUAAUAAUUUGUAUCUUGUAGCCUACGACUGACUGGUCCUUGUACCCAGGGAGCUUCGCUUGGUCCAGACUUUCUUUUCCAUUCCACAGACUGUAGCUAAUCAAGUCACCCGCCAUUCCCAAUAAAUGCUGAAAAUGAGAGAAUGGGUUCAUUCUGGAGCCAUUUAAUGACUUCCUAUAUUAACAUCCCACAUCAUCCGCUGACCUGGAUUAUUGUUCUGACACAUUUCAAGUGUUUCAUUUCCCUGGUUCCCUCAGCGCCCUCAUAUCGCUAUCCGACUGGACGGAUAUUCCUUGGUUUGGUUAACGUGCUUUGAACAAACUAGUGAACAAUAUCCGCACGUUAUUUCAGAAUAGAUUUUUUUUUCUUGUUCUUGUUAAGACCAACUGAUUUAUCCCACCGUCAUGCACUUCAACAUUAAGUGACAAGGCCCUUUUAUUAAAAGCCCCCCAAAAAUGAAAGUUUCCUGUGAGUAAAACGGAGCAUGGGGAAUGGGGAAUUUUCCUGUAAAUCUAUAGAUUUUGGAUGGCUCACUUGCUGAACUAAGGCCUCCCUUUAAUAAUGUUUCCAAAUGAUUCUGUAAUACGGUCAGAAAAACCUUCUAAAUGGAUUAUCUAUAAAAGGUGACGUUGAAGGCUUUUGGAAUUUUUGUAGAUAAGUUACUUUUAAAGUUUUUCUGACAGUUUUGAAUCAUUUGGAAAGCUUAUUACUAAUUAAAAUGUUCAGUCUAUUUUCCAUUAAACAUUAUUAGUCAGGAGAUCACCCUUUACAGGAAUUCUAUUCUUUUGGUGAGUCCAGUGAGAUAGAGACAUGUUAGGUUUACCCAGACUAGGAUAAGAUUAAAUAUCUUACUGCAGACAGAACACUGAAUAUUGCUGGAAUUGCUCCUGGAAUGAAUUGUACAUGUUGUAUAAUCUGUGGUUUUGCAGACUGUCCCACAAACAAGUGAACUCGUUGUGUUGAGAAGUUUUUAAACAUUUAACAUGACUCUUGGUGAACAAGACAAUAAAAUGCGUCUUUCUCAAGGCAUUCCUCUCUGAAUUCUUCUACUGAACAUUCUCCUAGAUACAGGUCAAGAUGUAUAUCAACAUUUUCUGUGGAAUUUCUCUCCCAUCCUCAUUAUGCCUCUUCCAAUCCUGUGGAUUAUCCUUCCUCUGGCUGCUCCGUGAUACAUUAUUUCACAGUUUCUGCUCAGGCUCUCUGUAUCUUGUAGACCAAUCUCCCAGCAGAUCAAUGGUUUAAUUCCAUUUAUCUGUAUCUGGGAAUGGGAUAAAAGGUCUGAGUGGAUACUGUUACUAAAUCCGCAGAUCAGAUUACAGGAGGCCACAUACUCUGAUUGCGAUCUGUGCCCAUUGUUUUGUGUUGUAUUUGUGAGACAGUUGACAGUUAGCUGAUAAUUCAGGCAUCCAGUAGACCCUGGUAGUAAGUAAACAUUGAUCCAGAUUGCUGAUGUGAACACAGCUCUUGGGGGCUGUUGGAUGAAGACAAUCAUUGAAAUAUCCUCUGGUUUGCUUAUUUCAUGGGGAUACUCAGAUAUGUUUGUAUAGUUUGUAUAAUGCAAAGGGUCACUGUCAUUUUUCAUCAAACAUAAGCCUCAUAUUAAAGCAAUCUUGGUUUAUUAUUAUUGGCAUUUAUAUAGUACCGCAGCGCUUUACAAUAUUAUAGGAGGUUUGACUUAGUGGUUGAUUCUUACAUUACAGAUUGUGUUUGGUAGUUGCUGUGUUUGAUCCUUACAGUGACGGUAGUUCUUGGUAGUUGCCUUGUUUGUUGCUUGCAUUACAGAUUGUGUUUGGUAGUUGCUGUGUUUGAUCCUUACAGUGACGGUAGUUCUUGGUAGUUGCCUUGUUUGUUGCUUGCAUUACAGAUUGUGUUUGGUAGUUGCUGUGUUUGAUCCUUACAGUGACGGUAGUUCUUGGUAGUUGCUGUGUUUGUUGCUUGCAUUACAGAUUUUGUUUGGUAGUUGCUGUGUUUGAUCCUUACAGUGAUGGUAGUUCUUGGUAGUUGCCUUGUUUGUUCCUUACAUUACAGAUUGUGUUUGGUAGUUGCUGUGUUUGAUCCUUACAGUGACGGUAGUUCUUGGUAGUUGCCUUGUUUGUUGCUUACAUUACAGAUUGUGUUUGGUAGUUGCUGUGUUUGAUCCUUACAGUGACGGUAGUUCUUGGUAGUUGCUGUGUUUGUUGCGUGCAUUACAGAUUGUGUUUGGUAGUUGCUGUGUUUGAUCCUUACAGUGAUGGUAGUUCUUGGUAGUUGCCUUGUUUGUUCCUUACAUUACAGAUUGUGUUUGGUAGUUGCUGUGUUUGAUCCUUACAGUGACGGUAGUUCUUGGUAGUUGCCUUGUUUGUUGCGUGCAUUACAGAUUGUGUUUGGUAGUUGCUGUGUUUGAUCCUUACAGUGAUGGUAGUUCUUGGUAGUUGCCUUGUUUGUUGCUUACAUUACAGAUUGUGUUUGGUAGUUGCUGUGUUUGAUCCUUACAGUGACGGUAGUUCUUGGUAGUUGCCUUGUUUGUUCCUUGCAUUACAGAUUGUGUUUGGUAGUUGCUGUGUUUGAUCCUUACAGUGACGGUAGUUCUUGGUAGUUGCCUUGUUUGUUGCUUGCAUUACAGAUUGUGUUUGGUAGUUGCUGUGUUUGAUCCUUACAGUGACGGUAGUUCUUGGUAGUUGCCUUGUUUGUUCCUUACAUUACAGAUUGUGUUUGGUAGUUGCUGUGUUUGAUCCUUACAGUGACGGUAGUUCUUGGUAGUUGCCUUGUUUGUUCCUUACAUUACAGAUUGUGUUUGGUAGUUGCUGUGUUUGAUUCUUACAGUGACGGUAGUUCUUGGUAGUUGCCUUGUUUGUUGCGUGCAUUACAGAUUGUGUUUGGUAGUUGCUGUGUUUGAUCCUUACAGUGAUGGUAGUUCUUGGUAGUUGCCUUGUUUGUUCCUUACAUUACAGAUUGUGUUUGGUAGUUGCUGUGUUUGAUCCUUACAGUGACGGUAGUUCUUGGUAGUUGCCUUGUUUGUUGCGUGCAUUACAGAUUGUGUUUGGUAGUUGCUGUGUUUGAUCCUUACAGUGACGGUAGUUCUUGGUAGUUUCCUUGUUUGUUGCUUGCAUUAUAGAUUGUGUUUGGUAGUUGCUGUGUUUGAUCCUUACAGUGACGGUAGUUCUUGGUAGUUGCCUUGUUUGUUGCGUGCAUUACAGAUUGUGUUUGGUAGUUGCUGUGUUUGAUCCUUACAGUGACGGUAGUUCUUGGUAGUUGCCUUGUUUGUUGCUUACAUUACAGAUUGUGUUUGGUAGUUGCUGUGUUUGAUCCUUACAGUGACGGUAGUUCUUGGUAGUUGCCUUGUUUGUUCCUUACAUUACAGAUUGUGUUUGGUAGUUGCUGUGUUUGAUCCUUACAGUGAUGGUAGUUCUUGGUAGUUGCCUUGUUUGUUGCUUGCAUUACAGAUUGUGUUUGGUAGUUGCUGUGUUUGAUCCUUAUAGUGACGGUAGUUCUUGGUAGUUGCCUUGUUUGUUGCGCAGGCCAUAGAUUGUGUUUGGUAGUUGCUGUUUGAUCCUUACAGUGAUGGUAGUUCUGUAGUUGCCUGUUUGUUGCUUAAGCAUUAAGCAGAUUGUGUUUGGUAGUUGCUGUGUUUGAUCCUUACAGUGACGGUAGUUCUUGGUAGUUGCGGUGUUUGAUCCUUACAUUACAGAUUGUGUUUGGUAGUUGCUGUGUUUGAUCCUUACAGUGAUGGUAGUUCUUGGUAGUUGCCUUGUUUGUUGCGUGCAUUACAGAUUGUGUUUGGUAAUUGCUGUGUUUGAUCCUUACAGUGACGGUAGUUCUUGGUAGUUGCCUUGUUUGUUCCUUACAUUACAGAUUGUGUUUGGUAGUUGCUGUGUUUGAUCCUUACAGUGACGGUAGUUCUUGGUAGUUGCCUUGUUUGUUGCGUGCAUUACAGAUUGUGUUUGGUAAUUGCUGUGUUUGAUCCUUACAGUGACGGUAGUUCUUGGUAGUUGCCUUGUUUGUUCCUUACAUUACAGAUUGUGUUUGGUAGUUGCUGUGUUUGAUCCCUUGCUGGUGACGGUAGUUCUGGUAGCUUGCUCUGCUUCAGCCCUUCUUUUGCAUUGUUGUGAUUGCGUUUGGUAGUUGCUGUGUUUGACCUUACAGUGACGGUAGUUCUUUUGCAGUUGCCUUGUUUUGUUCCUUACAUUACAGAUUGUGUUUUGUAGUUGCUGUGUUUGAUCCUUACAGUGACGGUAGUUCUCGGUAGUUGCCUUGUUUGUUCCUUACAUUACAGAUUGCGUUUGGUAGUUGCUGUAUUUGAUUCUUACAGUGACGGUAGUUCUCGGUAGUUGCCUUGUUUGUUCCGUGCAUUACAGAUUGUGUUUGGUAGUUGCUGUGUUUGAUCCUUACAGUGAUGGUAGUUCUUGGUAGUUGCCUUGUUUGUUUCUUACAUUACAGAUUGUGUUUGGUAAUUGCUGUGUUUGAUCCUUACAGUGACGGUAGUUCUUGGUAGUUGCUGUGUUUGAUCCUUACAUUACAGAUUGUGUUUGGUAGUUGCUGUGUUUGAUCCUUAACAGUGAUGGUAGUUCUUGGUAGUUGCCUUGUUUGUUCCUUGCAUUACAGAUUGUGUUUGGUAGUUGCUGUGUUUGAUCCUUACAGUGACGGUAGUUCUUGGUAGUUGCCUUGUUUGUUGCUUACAUUACAGAUUGUGUUUGGUAAUUGCUGUGUUUGAUCCUUACAGUUACGGUAGUAGUUGCCUUGUUUGUUGCGUGGUAUUACCUUGUUUGUGUGUUUGGUAGCUUGUAUUACAGAUUGUGUUUGGUAGCUGCUGUGUUUAUCCUUACAGUGACGGUAGUUCUUGGUAGUUGCCUUGUUUGUUCCUUGCAUUACAGAUUGUGUUUGGUAGUUGCUGUGUUUGAUCCUUACAGUGACGGUAGUUCUUGGUAGUUGCCUUGUUUGUUGCUUGCAUUACAGAUUGUGUUUGGUAGUUGCUGUGUUUGAUCCUUACAGUGACGGUAGUUCUUGGUAGUUGCCUUGUUUGUUCCUUACAUUACAGAUUGUGUUUGGUAGUUGCUGUGUUUGAUCCUUACAGUGACGGUAGUUCUUGGUAGUUGCCUUGUUUGUUGCUUGCAUUACAGAUUGUGUUUGGUAGUUGCUGUGUUUGAUCCUUACAGUGACGGUAGUUCUUGGUAGUUUCCUUGUUUGUUGCUUGCAUUACAGAUUGUGUUUGGUAGUUGCUGUGUUUGAUCCUUACAGUGACGGUAGUUCUUGGUAGUUGCCUUGUUUGUUGCUUGCAUUACAGAUUGUGUUUGGUAGUUGCUGUGUUUGAUCCUUACAGUGACGGUAGUUCUUGGUAGUUGCCUUGUUUGUUGCGUGCAUUACAGAUUGUGUUUGGUAGUUGCUGUGUUUGAUCCUUACAGUGAUGGUAGUUCUUGGUAGUUGCCUUGUUUGUUGCUUACAUUACAGAUUGUGUUUGGUAGUUGCUGUGUUUGAUCCUUACAGUGACGGUAGUUCUUGGUAGUUGCCUUGUUUGUUCUUUACAUUACAGAUUGUGUUUGGUAGUUGCUGUGUUUGAUCCUUACAGUGACGGUAGUUCUUGGUAGUUGCCUUGUUUGUUGUUUGUUGCUUGCAUUACAGAUUUUGUUUGGUAGUUGCUGUGUUUGAUCCUUACAGUGAUGGUAGUUCUUGGUAGUUGCCUUGUUUGUUCCUUACAUUACAGAUUGUGUUUGGUAGUUGCUGUGUUUGAUCCUUACAGUGACGGUAGUUCUUGGUAGUUGCCUUGUUUGUUCCUUACAUUACAGAUUGUGUUUGGUAGUUGCUGUGUUUGAUCCUUACAGUGACGGUAGUUCUUGGUAGUUGCCUUGUUUGUUGCGUGCAUUACAGAUUGUGUUUGGUAGUUGCUGUGUUUGAUCCUUACAGUGACGGUAGUUCUUGGUAGUUGCCUUGUUUGUUGCUUGCAUUAUAGAUUGUGUUUGGUAGUUGCUGUGUUUGAUCCUUACAGUGACGGUAGUUCUUGGUAGUUGCCUUGUUUGUUGCGUGCAUUACAGAUUGUGUUUGGUAGUUGCUGUGUUUGAUCCUUACAGUGACGGUAGUUCUUGGUAGUUGCCUUGUUUGUUGCGUGCAUUACAGAUAGUGUUUGGUAGUUGCUGUGUUUGAUUCUUACAGUGACGGUAGUUCUUGGUAGUUGCCUUGUUUGUUGCGUGCAUUACAGAUUGUGUUUGGUAGUUGCUGUGUUUGAUCCUUACAGUGACGGUAGUUCUUGGUAGUUGCUGUGUUUGAUCCUUACAUUACAGAUUGUGUUUGGUAGUUGCUGUGUUUGAUCCUUACAGUGACGGUAGUUCUUGGUAGUUGCCUUGUUUGUUCCUUACAUUACAGAUUGUGUUUGGUAGUUGCUGUGUUUGAUCCUUACAGUGACGGUAGUUCUUGGUAGUUGCCUUGUUUGUUGCUUGCAUUACAGAUUGUGUUUGGUAGUUGCUGUGUUUGGCCAUUUAUGAAUCCUUUAGUUCCAGCGUCCUAGCUGUAGUUUGAAACAGAAGGCAGUGCUUCCCAUAGAGGAGACUGUCUCAGCGAGUAAAAAGAGAAGUGCAGGGACUGAACUGGCUGUCUGUAUGUCUGUCCUGUGUGUGCUUGUGCAUUUGUGUAUAUGCGUGUGCGUGUGCAUUUGUGUGUCUCUGUGUGGGUAAGUGUGUGCAGUUGUGUGUCUCUGCAUGUGCACAGACAGAGAGAGUGACAGUACAAUGUGCUAGGUAUGUGACAUACACCACCUCGCUGUGCUAAGUUCAGAGUGUGAAAAGGGUGCAGAGCCAAGAUAACUUCUCCAAUCAUAUUACAGCCCCCCCAUAAGCUGUACAGAGAACUAAUAAUACCCCUUUAUGUGGCCUUAUUAGGUAUGUUGAAAGGCCUGUUAUUUUGAUCACUGAAAAGACCACUUAACGUAGACUUUCCUCCAUUUCUCUAUUCCUCGUCAAUCCUUCGAAAACAGUGACGUGUGGGGGGGUCCGUGGUCAGAUGGGAACAAUGGAAUAUUUUAUUAUAUACGGCUGUAAGUGGCCGAGAGAAUCCUUUUCCUGCCAGUUUCUGCAUAUUGUGCACGUUUCCUGGUCUAUAUAAAACAAUUUAAAAAUAUAACUACAACCUGGAGCGGCAAGUGGCCAGACCUGGCCUUAAACUUCCUUCCUUGUACUCAGGAAGGGAGGUCAGUCUCUGCCCCACUCCUCCUAGCCGGCCUGCCUUCAGGGACCAAAGCUUUCUGUUUUACUGCUCCUCCUGUCGUUCUGCUUACCUCGCUUCCCACAGGACCCUACAGGAAGGGAGGGCUGGAGGUUAAUUCGAGAACAACCACAAUAACCAGGGUCUCUUAGCAUCGGCCUAAACAAUGUCCCAAAAAAAAAAAAACUAUUUGGUGAAUAAACCCCAGUGUCUUUGUAGCUACAGCUCUAGGGUCCCUGUAUCCAUUGGUGAUUGCAUGGUAACUCAGAAAGUAUAACAUUCUGGGUCAUUUCACAACAGAUCUUAAUGUUUAUUUGAUUUGAACAUAUUCAAGUCAUUUGUUCUCCAACACUCCAAAGCAAAAAGUAAAAUCUGUGCUCCAUCUUUGGUAGCAACAUCCCUUAAAUGUGGACAUUAAUAAACACGCAAAAUAACUAUUUAUUUAUAUGAUUUAAUUUUUAAAAACAAUGUAUUAUGAUAUAAGCCAUUUCUCUCUGAAGUUUUUAUUCUUAAAGAGACACUAUAGUCACCAAAACAACUUUAACUUAAUGAAGCCAUUUUGGUGUAUAGAUCAUGCCCCAGAAGUUUCACUGCUGAAUUCGCUGCCAUUUAGGAGUUUAAUCACUUUUGUUUAUUUAUGUAGCCCUAGUCACGCAGAGAAAAUGCAGUGUUUACAUUACAGCCUAGUGAUACCUCCACUGGCCACUCCUCAGAUGGCUGCUAGAGGUGCUUCCCGGGGCAAUGCUGCACAGUGUGACUGACAUUCAGUGUCUCCACCCUCUGCAUGCAGACACUGAACUUUCCUCAUAGAGAUGUAUUGAUUCCUUGGCUGAUUCAUUAGAAUUCACAAUCUCAGCCAAUCCAAUGUUUUUCUAUGGGAAAGUAUGUAAUUGACUGAGAUCAUCACUUUUUAUGAUGUCAGCCAAAGAAGUGGAUCGGGGGCACUUGAAAUAAAGUGAGUUUUUCGGCUGUUUAGAAGGUCAGGGGGUUAAGUAGGUUGUUUUUUUUAGCACUAUAGGUUCAGAAAUGCACAAACAAGCUAAACUUGUUUUUGUAACCAUAGUGUCCCUUUAAUUCCUGAGAUUAUUAUAUUGUUUCAUUAAACAAGUAGAUUGUGGAGCUCUGUUAUACACUCAGACACACUAACAAUAUGGAGCUCUGAGAAAACAGAGGGAUUGGGGCCCAAACAAAGAGCUUUCGCUCGUAAUAGGAAUCUAUUAAAGGAACACUGCUGGCUGAAGUGCUUUAUUGGUUAACCUAAUGGCCCCUUUAGCUUAUUUUAUAAAAUCAUAACUUUUAUAAGCCAUCUUUGUAUUACCUUCCAGGUAUCAGAUGGACGGAAGGGUUUAUAUUGAAGGUUUCCUAUGUCUGACCUCUGACCUGGAAGUGAUUCACUGUCAAUGUCGAUAUGGGGUUGGCGGGCAGGAGUCUAAACACAAAUAGGAACCCUCCAAUAAAUAAUAUAUAAUAUUCCUCCUAAUUGGAGCGUUCCUUUCCUGUCCAGAAGUUGCCGUUGAUGCAGUGUGAAUCACGGCCACGUUGUGACAAUGUAUCCGGGAGCUGACAGCACUCUCUCUAACACACCUUUCAUUUUCCUUCACAGUUUUACUUACAGUCAAGGUUCACGUGGAGAGGAGCCCGCCUCUUGCGUCCCCUCUUACAGUUCACUCUGCUCAUGAUGUCGUUCUACACUGGACUGUCCCGUGUUUCCGAUCACAAGCACCAUCCCUCCGACGUACUGGCCGGAUUUGUGCAAGGUGCCAUGGUGGCUUAUUGCAUAGUAAGUAUGGAAAGGUUACACGCACCCUGAGUUAGAGAGCCCAUGAUCCUUACUGCUAUACGUAGGUGGAUGUAUAAUAUGUGUUAUACUAUACCUGAGUUAGAGAGCCCAUGGUCCUUAGUGCUAUACGUAGGUGGAUGUUUAAUAUGUGUUAUAAUAUACCUGAGUUAGAGAGCCCAUGAUCCUUACUGCUAUACGUAGGUGGAUGUAUAAUAUGUGUUAUACUAUACCUGAGUUAGAGAGCCCAUGAUCCUUAGUGCUAUACGUAGGUGGAUGUAUAAUAUGUGUUAUACUAUACCUGAGUUAGAGAGCCCAUGGUCCUUAGUGCUAUACGUAGGUGGAUGUUUAAUAUGUGUUAUAAUAUACCUGAGUUAGAGAGCCCAUGAUCCUUACUGCUAUACGUAGGUGGAUGUAUAAUAUGUGUUAUACUAUACCUGAGUUAGAGAGCCCAUGAUCCUUAGUGCUAUACGUAGGUGGAUGUAUAAUAUGUGUUAUACUAUACCUGAGUUAGAGAGCCCAUGGUCCUUAGUGCUAUACGUAGGUGGAUGUUUAAUAUGUGUUAUAAUAUAUCUGAGUUAGAGAGCCCAUGAUCCUUACUGCUAUACGUAGGUGGAUGUAUAAUAUGUGUUAUACUAUACCUGAGUUAGAGAGCCCAUGAUCCUUAGUGCUAUACGUAGGUGGAUGUAUAAUAUGUGUUAUACUAUACCUGAGUUAGAGAGCCCAUGGUCCUUAGUGCUAUACGUAGGUGGAUGUUUAAUAUGUGUUAUAAUAUACCUGAGUUAGAGAGCCCAUGAUCCUUACUGCUAUACGUAGGUGGAUGUAUAAUAUGUGUUAUACUAUACCUGAGUUAGAGAGCCCAUGAUCCUUAGUGCUAUACGUAGGUGGAUGUAUAAUAUGUGUUAUACUAUACCUGAGUUAGAGAGCCCAUGGUCCUUAGUGCUAUACGUAGGUGGGUGUUUAAUAUGUGUUAUAAUAUACCUGAGUUAGAGAGCCCAUGAUCCUUAGUGCUAUAUGUAGGUGGAUGUUUAAUAUGUGUUAUAAUAUACCUGAGUUAGAGAGCCCAUGAUCCUUAGUGCUAUACGUAGGUGGGUGUUUAAUAUGUGUUAUAAUAUACCUGAGUUAGAGAGCCCAUGAUCCUUAGUGUUAUACGUAGGUGGGUGUUUAAUAUGUGUUAUAAUAUACCUGAGUUAGAGAGCCCAUGAUCCUUAGUGCUAUACGUAGGUGGAUGUUUAAUAUGUGUUAUACUAUACCUGAGUUAGAGAGCCCAUGAUCCUUAGUGCUAUACGUAGGUGGGUGUUUAAUAUGUGUUAUAAUAUACCUGAGUUAGAGAGCCCAUGAUCCUUAGUGCUAUACGUAGGUGGAUGUAUAAUAUGAAAGGCAAUGUUUAUGGCUUGAGUGAUAAUGCAUUUUACAGCAGAUAUGUUAUCCAUGAUGAAAUGGAUCCGUUAAACAAUGAAACUACAUAUCCCAUAGACCCCUGCUUGGCACAGUGAUCCCAUUAAAGUGAUGAAUAUAUUAUUUGCGAGAUCAUGUCUGGUGUCUGGGGAGUGAAGUACAACCCGUCAUUGCAGAACGCACUGCGUGUUAUAUUCAGAAUGAGCCGUUUAAAUGGCAUAACUCGGGGUAAGGGUACGUUUACUGGAUGUGAUCCUGCCCCUGUCCCAAGCAGCUAAAGUGAGAAUUGAAAGUGACAUUUAAGGUCAGAAUAUCUGAGUGGAUACAUUUGGCUAUUCCGACAGUUUAAAUUCACUUUGAAUCCUCACCUUAGUGAAUAACUCUGCUAAUAUGAAUGGACUAUGGAAUAGCUUACCUGCUAUUAUUUCUGUUUAUCGGUUUUCCCUGCGUCUGGAUAACACAAGUAAAACGUAACCAACAACAAUCGCCGAACCCCCAGCAAUAUUACCGGUAUGUUGCGUUAUGUUUACCAAUCUUCUCUGAGAUUCCCUGAACAAAAAUUUGUGGCCGAUAAGCCAGGAUCCCAAUAAAAGGGAGGUUAAACCAUCGAGUCAGUGUGUUUUAUCAAUACUGUGCACUAACGAGACAGAUGGAUAUACAUCGAUCUAUAUAGACGGACAGACAGACAGAUAUACAUCGAUCUAUAUAGACAGACAGACAGAUAUACUUCGAUCUAUAAAGACAGACAGAUUUACAUCGAUCUAUAUAGACAGACAGACAGAUUUACAUCGAUCUAUAUAGACAGACAGACAGAUUUACAUCGAUCUACAUAGACGGACAGACAGAUAAACAUCAGUCUAUAUAAACGGACGGACAGACAGAUAUACAUUGCUCUAUAUAGACAGACAGACAGAUUUACAUCGAUCUACAUAGACAGACAGAUAUACAUCUACCUAUAUAGAUGGACAGACAGACAGAUAUACAUCGAUCUAUAUAGACAGACAGAUAUACAUCGAUCUAUAUAGACAGACAGAUUUACAUCGAUCUAUAUAGACGGACAGACAGAUUUACAUCGAUCUAUAUAGACGGACAGACAGAUAAACAUCAGUCUAUAUAGACUGACCGACAGACAGAUAUACAUUGAUCUAUAUAGACGGACAGACAGACAGAUUUACAUCGAUCUAUAUAGACAGACAGACAGAUUUACAUCGAUCUACAUAGACGGACAGACAGAUAAACAUCAGUCUAUAUAAACGGACGGACAGACAGAUAUACAUUGCUCUAUAUAGACAGACAGACAGAUUUACAUCGAUCUACAUAGACAGACAGAUAUACAUCUACCUAUAUAGAUGGACAGACAGACAGAUAUACAUCGAUCUAUAUAGACAGACAGAUAUACAUCGAUCUAUAUAGACAGACAGAUUUACAUCGAUCUAUAUAGACGGACAGACAGAUUUACAUCGAUCUAUAUAGACGGACAGACAGAUAAACAUCAGUCUAUAUAGACUGACCGACAGACAGAUAUACAUUGAUCUAUAUAGACGGACAGACAAACAGAUAUACAUCGAUCUAUAUAGACGGACAGACAGAUUUACAUCAAUCUAUAUAGACGGGCCGACAGACAGAUUUACAUCUACCUAUAUAGACGGACAGACAGACAGAUAUACAUCGAUCUGUAUAGACGGACAGACAGACAGAUAUACAUCGAUCUAUAUAGACAAACAGACCGGAGAAUGGCCUGUUCUCUGAUAAAUUUCUCUGCCUGUAAACCUCUCUGGGUGCAGUGUCCUGUCUCAAUAGUUUAAUAGUUCUUCCUCCCACAUGCCGAGCCAAGUUUAGGAAACAGCUGGUGACAAACUCCUAAACGUGUAUUGUCAUCCUUCCAAAUCGAGAGACGCCGGCUGUGUGUUUAUAUCUCAAACCUUGUACUGGCUCCCGCCUAAAGUGUGCGUAUCAUCUUAACAGGGACAGUACUGUGACUCACUGUAACCUACUGUAACCUACUGGGACUUACUGUAAUCUACUGUCACCUACUGUAACAAUAAUAUUAGAAUAACUCACACCACUCCUGGGCGGCAGCAACGUCUGUAGUAUUCAUCAGCCCAAAUAUAAAAACAAUAAAAAUAAAGUUACCUGCGCACUAUCCCACAUCCCUCUGCACAUUUAAAUAACAGAGGGUGGUAGUACCACUGCAAUGGCCAUUAAUGUGUAAGCUCACUGGCUACAAGAAGGCAAACCUCUCAGUAGAGUGCUACUCUAACAAUUCACCUUGCUGCCUGUAAGUGACUUUUAUCUUUUCUGAAUUCCUCCAUCGAUUUUACCAGUGGGUGUCCGAGGACUGGGAGUCGACAUAAGUCAAGUGACAAUUGACUUUCAAAACGUCAGUGAAUUGACUGAAUUGGACAAUUUUCAAAUGUAAAGGGUCAUUGUCCUGUCACCAUGUCUCUCUGUUUAGAAUAUGUUCUGAGGGCUGAAAGGUUUAAACAUCACUAGAUUUUUCAAUAGACUUUUUGUAAAAGUUAAAGUGCAUUAAUAUACAAAUUAAUUCAAAUUCCUAGCUAAUCCUGAGCCAGGACGGAGUCAUUAAUAAACGAGUUUACAUCUAAAGUUUCUACUAAGUGAAAUAAAUGGACAGAACUGUAAUCUGCUAAUAAUUAAAACAUUUUAAAAAAGGGUGUGGGCACUGUCUUAGCUAUAUUAAUAUUUAUAAAUAAUAUAGUACUAUGUCAUUAUAUUGGAUUUAUUUUGCAUGCCACUUGCCCCAGCAGUGUAGCCGUAGGGGGAUCUCCACGCCGGGCCAAUUGUAAAAUAUUGCCACCUUUUAAGGCUAUAUUUUGUAAUCACUGCUGCUGGCCAGGUCACACAAAUUACAGACAAUCUCUGAAAGCUUUAUCUGAGCCCAGCUUUCUCCAGGAUCUUCUCCAUGUCCGUGGGGUGAUGGAUAUCGCUCUAUAGUACAGUAAAUAAACUCCAGGCAUACAGAGGGCUAAUACAUUACCCCUGACCUUUAUUGGAAGAGACAUAGCCUAAUUGUUAUUUAGAAUGGCUGCCUAGCCGCCCGCUCGAUGCCGUCACUGGAAGUGGUUAAAUGCCAACUCAGACUUAUUAAAAACAAUUCGGAUAAAAGGACAUGCGAGAUCUGACCCAUCUAAAUGGCUCAUUUAUUCGUCUUUCCUGAUAAUGAUGUGAGGAUGACAUUGUCUGAGUUAAUAUGACAUUGCUAACAGGAUAUGAUAAAUGUAAACCUCUAAUGACUGCUGACUGCUGUGGAUGAAGCUCAGUUAAAAGCUUAUUAACUAUUAAAAGUCUGAAAAUAUCCACAUUAAUCCUUAUCUGCUAAUACCAGUGCUAUGGGCCCGUUAUUCUCAGCGAUUGGGUGUUUGGAAAGCAUUGCAAAUAAUUACGAUAUCAGAAUUGCUUUUUAUGGCAAGAAUUAAGAUGUUCGAUACAAACGAUGUGCAUUCAGUUUAGGACAGUGGGUGGCAGUGCGUUUAGGGUAAUGUUCAGGGUGCUUUUAGUGGGGGACCCUCUAGGGGGUGUCUUGGCACUUCAUCUGAGCACACAGAUCUUCAGAUAUCAACUGCAAAAUCUAUUAAAGUAACCGAAAUAAGAGACUUUGUGUCCUUUUUAAUCAACGACUUGAUAUAAGUUAAUAAUUGAAUAAAAAAAUAUAGUCCAAAAUAGAGGAACAUAAUGAGGUGGUGAACGCCUUGAUUUCAGGUACUGCGCUGGGAUGAACGUGUAGCUGAGCGCCUACACCUAUCUGAGUGUUGUCCCUCUUUGUAAAAAUAAAUAGCGAUGUAAAGGCCCAGAAUGUCUGAAAGUGUCCAUUCCUAUCCUGUAUCCACUGCGUUUAUACUAAGGGUGGGGAACGCUUUCUGCAGGAAAUGAACCCAAACGAGGAGCAUUACCCGGUUCCUGCCCUUUGUUGUGUGUCAGGGUUCAGGCACAGCCGCCUGUCUGCUGGGGUUAAGUUUCAGUUUUCCUGCCAGUGUUUGUGUAAGCGCAUACCUGGAGCAGCCAGCGAUUCCUAGCAAUCUGAAGCCUGUCGUUCUGAGACCCAGGAAAUUUACAUGGAAACACUAAACAAUCCACUCUCCUCUGAAACACGAUUACUGCCUGACCUGCGCUACUGCUGUGUGCCUUCUCUGCAAGGCAGUAAUGGGGAAAAAGUCAAAUAUGACUUCAUAUUCCAAAGGGAGUUAGAGAGUGAAUACACAGCGUUUACACUAAGGCACUGUUUAUUUGGAGAUUGUAAUUUACACACAGGAUCCUGUGGGAAGCUCCCUGACAGAGUUACUGCUCCCAGACUGCCCAAAAGUCACAGCAGAUCACCUUAUCUGGGGGAAUCCAGGGAGCAGGGCAUCGGUGGGGCUUGUUAGUGGUUAAUUGCCAAUAAAGCAGUUUUUAUUUUGGGUAAUGGUGUCCCCGGCUGACACCGUUAGAAAGUACUCUGUCUGAAUCCUGAGCCGAGAGAGCCCAGACUAAGGAAACGAGGGGGACGUUGUAGCUAAAUUUCUAUCCAGAUAUGUUGAAUGUUGGCUUUUUCACAUCCUGCAAGCAGUUUCCGCUAUUGAGGAUUCAGGAAAUGAUGGUCAAAUAUCUCUUCCUUCCAUUGGUGUCAACCUACGGGUCAUUAAAUAUAUACAUAUAUUGCGUGCUCGGCUAGAAUAGUGACUGAUUCCAAUGUGGCUCAAUGGUUCAGGAACAGAGCAGUCACCAGACUCGAACAUUUAUUACUAUGGCAACUGCCCCAAUAUCUUUAUAAUUUGCUCAAACUUGACUUUAACCAUAAAAUCCAACAGAGGGACACUUAAUGUCAUGGCAUACAGAAUUCUUUAAAUUCAUCUUUUUCCUUUGAUAAAUAUGUGAAAUAAUCAUUCUCCAGGUUUAUAUAAAAGAGGACAUAAAUUGGGUUUAGCGGCGUUAUUGGCUUUAUAGUGUAAAUUAUUAUAUAUAUUGAUUUGUAUAUGUGGAGUAUUGUUUCCAUGACUGAAGGUGUCUUUCUUUUACUCUGCAGGUUUUCUACGUAUCGGAUCUCUUUAAAACGCCAAAGAAGAGUUGCCCACCUCCCUCGGUUAGACGGGAUGUCCUCGCUCCUGUGGACAUGAUCGACAGAAACAGUCAUCACAAUAUUGUGUAAAGUCUCCAACCAACUGCAGAAUUACUUCUGGCCGUGAAUACAACUACCUGCUGCUUUCAAAUCUCAUCAGACAGUAGAAUGUAGGGAAAAACAUUUUACCCAACCCAAAAAAAAAAAAAAUACAAAACAAAAAUAAAACAUGUCUGUCAUGAGGCCUUACAGAUUGCAACAUUGUCUGGACUUAUCACCCAAUGAAAGCUGAGAGCCAGGCAGCCAAUGAGAACGGAGGAGUUGGAAUUCAGGAUGUGUGAUUGGCUAACGAACGUUCAUGUUCUAGUGAACACGCUGAUAUAUUUAUAAACAAUAAAGGUUUUUAUGAUAAGGGAGCCGGAUGUGUGGCUUACAGCAAAGCUAAACCACGAAUUAACCACGCACUAUCCAUUUAGAUCGGAAUAGCACUGAAUAGGGUUGGGGUUCAGGCCCCAUGAAAUCACCUCUUAUUUGAUGUAGUUUGGGGUCGUCUACAUCCAUGUGACUCAGAAUUGACGACAAGAUCUAAGCUAUGUUUUUUUGCCUUUCAUAGAAAAGAAAAUUUUAAAAAGAAAAAAACACUUUUAUUUUUGGAUGUAACCGAUCACGUGUACACCUCAGUCAGAUAUCUCGGAUCGUGUAGGCAACUCUCUUCCUAUACAUCUUAAUCGAUGUAGAAACCCCCUAAUUAACUAAGGAAGGCUUUUAGAAGCUUAAAGGGACAGUAAAGCCACACAUAAUAUCUUCAGGCAGGUAUCAGACUGCUGUUUGGAGUAUAAAUAUUUAAGUGCCUUUACAGUAGACAAACUUCCAGAAAGAUUUUCAUGAAAGAAGUUCAUGGACUUCACAGACUUCCGUUCUGGUCUUUUGAAUGGGCUUUAAUGGGACACAACUGAUUUGCUCGCUAACAUGUGGGUCUGAUCACCACUACAGAGGGUUAGGUAUAUGUUUAUAGACACACAUUGAUGCUGGCAUUGUCUCUGAGUGAUGCACUGUAUAUCAUAGGACAACAUCUUGUAAUACAAUAGAGCAAUCACUUUCCAUUGGCCUUACCGUCCCUUUUAAUCGGUCAUGGCUUCGUUGAACUCUUCCUUCAAAAACCUGAGGGAUUCCUUCAAUGGGACAAAUUAUUGAUCCGAUUUGACCUUGGGUUUGACACCCAACGAAGCCUUAUUCACUAGUUUGCCGAUGUGCUGCGGGGCAGGACAUCACAAUUCACAGACCCGACCCUUUGGAGUCUGUCGAGUCUUCUACAGGUUGAGUUUCUUUCAAAAAGUCUCAUCAUUUCAAAUAGUAAAUAGAACCGAUAUCACGUUUCUAACGAACACAAGGGAAGGAUUAUUUUAUAAUCAAACCUUUAAAAGGGCUUAAUCUAAAGGGAUUACAAUAACCGUGAAAAUAUUCAUUUGCACAUCCUUACUACAAGAGGAUCCGUCCUGUCAUUUCAACUAUAGCAAGCUAUGAUUUUUAUAUAUAAAUAUAUAUAUUAUAUAAAUAUUGUAUAAAACAUUAAAAAUUAACUAUGUAAAAUAUUAUUUCUGAAAGCAAUUUUAGAUAUAUCCACUAUGAUUUAUAAACGUGUCGACCUGUGUAUCCGGCUGCUUUAUAAAAAAAUAAAGAAUAAAAAGCAGCCGUUUCAUUUUAGUCUAGUCAACUAAACUAUUGUAGAUCUGUGGUAGUCAUUUCACUAUUAAAACUGCAGCUAAAGGCAACUGUAUAAAGAAAAAUAAAUUGUCUGUAUUUUUGUAAUGUUUAAUUUUGUAAAAAAAAAAAAUUGAAUACCUUUUGUAGAAUACAAACUUAAAGUUGUUUUUUGCAGAAAUGGCUGUAAAAAGAUGCUUUUUAAAUAAAAGCUGAUAACUUUUAAUUAUUC